AUGGGUAAGUGUGCGGAGGACUCUCCUUCUAAAACAAUUACCGCCUGAGUGUGAGCCCCCGGGAGUCUGCAAAUCAGCACAGUUAUUAGUGAAGUGCACUCGUGGUCCGUACAACGACAGCUGGGGUUGUGUUUCUCCUCCUUGGCGCAUCUGGGAGAGAGAAGAAAAAACAUCCAAAUCUUUCUGGGCUGAAAUAGAGCAGUUGGUUUGAGCCACUUUCCCGCAAAUGUUUCCUGUGAUUAUCUGCUUUGCUGACUAUCAUCAUCACUGAAAGGCUUUCGUCUCUGUUCGUGAAUGAAAAUUAUAAUAGGGGUGGGAAUGUGCAUGCUUCUAAAUGUAAGAGGUGAUGAGGUGACAUGCUCUCCUGAAUAUGGUGUGUAAUUGUGAAAGCCAAAAAAUGAAAUCCCCAUUAGUCAACGUGGUGUCAAUGCACAAUGAGUUUAGGCUCAUAAUAAUAGCCUCACUUGCACGUGAUGUCCUUCUUACUGAAUCUGAAACGUCAAGUUUAUUAAGACAAUCACAAGAUCGGACUCUACAUGGAGGAGAUUUGCUGAGAAGUGUCUCUGAGAUGUGUCCUCUCAGCUUCCCCCGGUCCUCCAAAUCACGAAUUUGACAUGUUUUGACUCCGUCCCAUUUCUUUUUUACCUCCUCUCUUCUCCUGACAGCUCUGGGCACCUACAAUCUCAUCCCACACUGCCUAUCACCUCCUCCAUUUUACUGACUGUGGGUGCUCCAAAGCCUCACAAACCCACACUGCUCCUCACUGUUCCAGCGGAGGGCUUUGCAUUCUUCUUCUCCUUUUUUUUCUUGUUUAAUUUCAGAGAGCCUGUCAAAGGCGCUGUGGGUGUUUAAAGUUGUCAUUAAAUUUGCGAUGAAACGAUGAGGACUUUCAAUUAGUCUCACGAUGUUUGGAGCCCUUUCUUUCUCUCCAACUUUUGCUGUUGAAUGUCUCUCUGAAGGAUCAUUAUUCAGACGGAGACACGCUCAGCCAGCUCAUAUUAAAAAAAGGCACGCUGGGUGUUUGAUGCAGAGGGAGGCACGUGUGUUGUUUUACUAAAUGUUGGUGCUGUUUUUGUCACGUUUGUUCCCUAAUACUCUGAAAAGCUGACAGGCAGCAAAGAUGCAUGCGGCCCACAUCUGUGCAGAAAUGAGGCAUUUCCCGAAUAAUGAGCAGCUUAGUGCAACUAAUGAGCACAUACUGCUGCAGCGUCAAUUAUGUCAUCAGAAUUAGAAGUCAAAAUAAGUGCUUGCAUUUGUUAUUUUAUCCCACACUUAUGCAGAAAGCUCCUCUAGACUAUGCUUCCAAUCCACGGCAAAGCCUUUUGUCCCUCACGCUCCCACACAAACGCUGCAGAUGGAAUCCAAAAGAAAGGUUUAAAUCUCCAUCAGGGCUGAAGUUUUCCUCCACAGUAUGAUAAUGACACUCAAAGUCAAAGUCAAAGCCCUCUUCUCCCAGCAAAGGGGCUGAAUCAGUUUUGGCGAUGUGUCAGAGCAGCAAGGCUGUGCAGCAGUAUUGAUAAAUCAUUUGACUUACAGAUGAAAUGAUCAGCCAAGUGUGAGCAGUGCUCGAUACCAUUUCACUCAUAUUGCUCGUUUUGUGCAAUUAAACACCAUGCAGCACCCGAGUAUCCCACUUCCAGAAGCAGAAAAACCACAACAAUGAAAAAGUUGUCAUGCAGAAAUGUUGUCAAGUAUUUCUUCAAACUUAUCUCAACAAAACUCAACAAAAUCAGGAUUAUUUUAUUCCCAAAAAUUCACAGGUAGAUUAUGACUUUCAUGGUUUAAUCUCCUAUUUGGUUCUGCAAAACCCUCUCACAACAACAAGACUGCAAAGAGCUCAAACCAGUAAUGAUCUGGCAGGAAAAACAAGUCAUGUAAACAAAGAGUAAAGUAUUGCAGGAGUCAUUGUAGCCACAACAUCACAGGAGCCCCAUAGUCUUUGACUGCGCUCACUCGUUUGCUGCUGUAGAGCUGCUUAAGCAGGAGCAACAGGACAAUUAUGCUCAAAUAACCUUCAAUUUAUUCCAUAAUCCAUCAGUUUCUUAGAGCAGCCAGAGACAGUAAUUGGUCCACGGAGCUCAUUCCUGCAAAACCUAAGCUGAAUUUGUUCUCUUUUUUUUUUAAAGAAGUAACCUGUGGACACACUUUCCAUUCCACUUCUCAAAGCUUAUAGCUUUGCAGAUAAUUAGAGGAUCCGAUGGUAUUCACCACUGGCAAAAAAAGGCAAAAAAAAAAAAACUUUCCUUGCAGCUGGGAGACCAUUAUGCCGUCUUAGACAAUAGAUUUGAAGCAAGUCUCUGAGCUUCUUAAAUUAAUUACCAUGUAGUCAAACAGCCAAGUUUUAAUUAGAUUUAAAAGUACACUCUGCUGAAAGUCAGGGUUCCUCCAUCAAAAUUUGGAAGAUAUAUGUGCAGUUUUACUGUCCUGUUCCCGGUGCCACGCUGCAGUAUGCAUGAGAAUGAAAAAAUGCGUCAGGUACUUAAAAAAUUAGAAUAAAAUAAGAGAAAAUGAAGUAACCUUGAAUACUCUAAAUGGCUGCACCAAUAAGAAUGACUCUCUCAGGAUGAGGCAUGUUUUCUGAUUUUGAGUCUGACUGAACGUCCCCAUCAGGCACUUUUUACAACAGUUUAAUAAUAUUCAUUUCACCACAACCCACACAUGCCAUCAAACCGUCAUAACACAGAACAUCACAUCACACUCCCUCACUCUACCUCCCGGUCAUUCAUUUUCGGUGGUUUUGUCUUUUUGUCGCGGUUGUUGUGCAGAGUGCUGGGCUAUCAUCUACGCUGACACUUCUUUCAAGUUUCUACUCUUCUCACAUUUCAUGUUGUAUUUUCCUUGAAAUUCUGAAAGACUUUCCCACACAAUGAGUCGUGCACGCUGAAGUCAUGCAGUGAAAUAUGGGCAGAGACACAAAACAGAGAACAAAGUCUGGCAGUAAACACCGGGAGCUGAGCUUGCACAAAAAAGUGACAAAAAGACUGCGAGGAAAAGGACAUGAUGUUGUAUUUUCUAUUUUUUAUUCCUCUGAAGCACACUGCAGCCCACAUUUUAUUGGAGGCUUGUAUUCCAGUGAUUGUGCCGACAUUAUUUAUAUUCCAGCAUUCAUUUUCACUUAAUUUCUUCAGUCUAAAAAUUUAAUCUGUCAUCUCUGGGUUUGAGCUUUUAUUGUUUGCUGUCAAACUGGUUCUUUUCAGGUUUUAAAAGCAUUUCAAUGUUGUUUUUAUUCUUAAUUUGUCAAAAUAUUUGAUUUGAAUUCCUUCGUUAACCGUAGGCAAACUCCACAAUCUGGCAGUAAAAUGUAUUUUAAAUGUUGGUCAAUUUCAAUCAGCACAAAAAAGUGUGUGACAGCACCUUGUCUACCUCUCACCAAAGAGAGAGCUCAUACAAACAAGCAAAAUAAUAACAAUACUUUACAUGAAACUAUAUCAAAGUUUAUAACUUCGAGAAUACUCAUAAUAGUUUGUGGAAACGAGGUCUUCAGACCCCUUAAUGAAGGACCAACGCCCUUAAUGUGCCGAGUCACUCGAGCUUUAGUCCUACAGGCCUAGGAGGCACAUGGAGAUCAUUACAGAAACAGGGGAAACUGUAAAGAGAGAGUUUACGUGGACUUAAUUCAUCCAGGUCUGAGCUUCGGUCUGGUUUUCAUUGAUUCAAAAUAAAACACGAUUACUGCUAAUUCGUUAACAAAGACUCUGUUCAGUCUAAUUACAGUCCAUGAGGUCAAGAGUGAAGAACUUUAUUAAUCUCUGAAGGAAAAUUCAAUUAGCUGUUGUUUACAUAAUACGUCUCCAAAAGUUAUCUACUAUUUACUCAAGAGUUAUAAAGUCUGAUGUCUGUCGGUACAAAAGAUCUUCUGAUCGUCUUACACAUUAAAGGGGUGGUGUGAUGCUUCUCCACAUUUAUAACUAAAACUGCAAAGUUACAACGUUUGGUGUAGAGGGGGCGGGGCCACAACAUCCAGCUCUGCCCUUGGCCAGUUAACGAAAGCCUCUGGAGAGGUAGCCAAUCAGAAAGAGGGGGGAGGGGCUUAAAGAGACAGCAGCUAAAACAAAGUAUUUCAGACUGAGGCUGAACUAAUGAUGUUUAAAUACACCACCGCAAGUGAAAGGAGGCUUUUCUUUUUAAUCUAACAUCAUGUAAAGAUAAUAAAGAGGUAUCAGAGAGGAAGUAAGACAGGAUGUAGAGAUCCAUUAUUUGCUUAAGUUGUCUGUGAUCCGUCUCACCAUCAUUAGCAGGGUCUGGAUCCUCCCCUAUAAACGCUCCCAGUGAUGAGAGUUCGGGGUCUCUGUAGUGAUCCAGAAUCCAGAUCAUUUGGCUCAGAACGACCCGGCUCCUUUGAAGAGACUGUGUCCACCAAGUUGUUCUCUCAUGCCAACCUCAGUGUCUGAGAGCUCCUCACAGGCGUUUACUGUUGCUAGGUCACAAUAGUUCUUCUGCAGCAUUUCUGCUCCUCUCAGCUCUGACCGCUGCGUCUGUUGAAAACCUAAAAUAAAUGAUUAAUAGUCACUGUUGGCAUUAGUAGCAGCUAUAAAAUCUGAAAUUAGAAUCUGAAAAAAACAACAAUGGUGGGGUAACUUUCUGUUUGUACCUCCACCAUUGUUGUUGACAAAGAUGUUUACAGCCUGGUUUUGUUUCUGUAACUCACCUGUGCAUUACAGCAGACAUAUACCCACUAAAUACUAAAAUCACAGUACACGUUACGGCCAAUCCACCUCAUUCCCAGCUAUGAGAGGAGAGAGUGACAUCAAAUAUUGAUCAUGUCCUUAACUCUGACUGGUGUCAACUCGUGUCACUGCUACUAUGCAGGAAAAGGGAGCAUUUGGAGUAGACCCACUGCUCCAGAACUCUCAUUGCCACCCUUGUGUUUAUUUUAUAAAACAUCAUUCGGCUGAGGGGACAUUCGCACAGGAAGUUGUCAGCUGUCAGAAAGAGGAGUAUGGGGUAUACGCGCCACAGUAUCUUCCUUUCUUGUCAUAAACUCAGAGUCCUCCAGGUGGAAAAAUUGUGUUGAUCAAAACUGGUUCAAGGGUUUAUCUGAAAAAAGGAUCAAUAGGCCUCUACAGUGAAACAUUUUUGCUUUUUGACACUUCUGCUUGAAGUACUUAUUCAGAUGUGAGAUCAGUUUUAGUUUAGAGUUUUAAUGAAGUGGUCGGUGGGGGGGCUCUACUGUCCCAUUCAGUCAUGAUUUUGGUCUUGUGCACACUGAUAAUGAAUUUUCGUGAGUGUGGCAGGACCCUGAUUCCACUUGACAUCAGUCGCCAUCAUCAUUGAGCAGGACAGUUUCCCCUUUAUUUCCUGUUUAAUUGUAUUGAUACGGUUUAUAAGGUGUGCUCAUGAGUGUUAAACUGGCACAGGUACUCUGUCAUUAACAUAAGUGGCCUCGGCUGGGCAGGGUUGAGGGGUGCGCACCAUGUUGUGAUAAGUAAUAUGAUUUCACUCUCCACUUUGUAGCUUAUCAGUCAGAUCAGAGCGACAACGCUAACCUCAGUGGUGUAGUAACAAUAUCCCACUGUUAGCUAAAUUAAUGCUUUCAGGCAUUGUCUUUAGCAACAGCAACAGAGGCUGUAAAGGAUCUAAGAUGCUUCUGUUUUCAGAACUACAAAAAGAUGUCUUCACUGCGUUCAUCAUACAUGGCAAACAGAGAGCAACAUAAAAUACAAGAUAACUUAUGCAGAGUAUACAUAAAAAUAAAAAUACAUCCCUGUAUGUUUGGAUAGAUUGAUUUCAGGUAUUUUUAAAGACUUUUUCCCAAGAGUUGUUGUUUUCAUUUACAGCAUUUCUAAGCAGCAGUCAGGGACAUGUGGCCGUCAAAAAUGGAGAGCUGCAGCUCAAAUGACUAAACGAUAAUGAACACCCCACAGAACAUUUCUGAAGGUAAAAUGAAUCAGAAUCAGAAAGCAGAAAUAACGGACUUCUCAUCGGGACAUGAAGGCAUUGACUCAUCGCUGACAUAAAGUCCUGAACUCUUGAAUGGAUUUACGUCUGUCCUUCACUGCCUGUUUGCAUGCAUCACACACACACACACACACACACACACACACACACACACACACACACACACACACACACACACACUCAGCAUUCAUGAUGGAGGUCUCUCAGCUUUAACAACAGGCUUUCCUCACUGUGGCCGGCCUGAACCUCUCAGUUUGUGCUGAUCUUUUGACAUCAGCACUCAUAUCGAUCAAUGCAACUCUCUGCCUCCCUGCACAGAUUUCUAAACGCAUAACUUGUGGCUGGAAGAGUGUGUGUGUGUGUGUGCAUGUGUGUUUGGGUCUAAAGUGGGGCCAGCUUCAGUGGAGUUCUCGAUAAGUCAGAUACUGCUGGCCUGUGAAGACUUUCAGCUGUCACUUUUUGACAUGCAGAGUCUGGGUCUUAAGCACUCUGCUGAUAUGUCUUAUUUAUUGUCUGCUGCCGUUCGCAGUCGUAAAAUAUGCAAUACUUAAUCCAUACAAAAUGGUUGUAUUAGUCAAAGGUGUUAGUUAUCAGAUUAUCAGAUGGUGCUCCAGAUUAUCCUCAAGUGUGGGGUGUGUGAGGAGUUUUUUUUUCUUCCUCUAAUCUGAGGGUGUAAGAUCGACGCCGCCUCGCCCCUGCAUGGGGGGAUUCCCAUAGACAGUGGAUCAUGCAUUUUGUCCAUUGUUGGCACAACUCAGUAGCCACUUUGAAAAUGAGGCGGCUGAAAACAGCCAUGCAGCCAUGGCAACAAUAGCCAAGACGAAGCAUAAACUGAGAUGUAUAUAGAAUCCACCCAUUAGGACAUGACAACAACAGGUGUUUAUCACACGAGCUGGGUAAAAUGCCUCAUUCGAAGUGACGGGGGAAGAUGUUGAAAUGAAAUGGCUACUGUGAUGGAAGUACAAGGAAAAAAUUCUUCCAAAAAUCACAUUUGACUGCAAAGGACGACAUGAGAUUUCCAAUGAGGAGAGUUUUUACAGCAUGGAACAGGGUUUUUAUUCCACUUGGCUCAGUUGUGUUUUCAUUCACCGUAAAUGUGUCUGCUCCCAUCGAGUCUGCCUCUGUCUUUGGUGACUGCAGGUAUAUUGUUGGAAGAAGAAAUUGGAAAUUACAAUGAUGUUUGAUAUUUAUACAGUUCCAGGUUGGAGAAGAUGGGAUUUGGCAAGGAGCAGAGAAACAGUCGUAUUGACACCCCGUUCUCCAGGAUUUUUUGAAAGAGUAUUUGGUUAUGACAAGUCUCAGUGGGGGUGACAGACUGGGUCCUGAAUGAAGCCUAAACUCUUAUAGUUUAUGGACAGCCUAAAUUAUUUAUUUUAAAUUUAAUAAAAUAAAUGAUUUAUCAUGAAGAUGCCCUGGUACCAGUUUCCAUCUGAACCAGUUAAAAACCUCUAGCAGUGCCUUUAAUGCCAUCCAAGGCGAGACACACAAUAGAUGAUUUAAGACCUGAUUUAGGGUCAGUUAGCCUCCACAACCUGGGAGUUAAACCAGUUUAAUAUCUACAAUUCCAGGCAGACCAGGGAACACCACCAACUGGAUGGCGGUGAACAAAGCUGUGCUUAGAGUUAAGUGGAAUUUAUCCACCAGGAUUUCCCUCCAUAUGCUUUUUCUCAGUUUCUGAUUUAUCACUGCUGAAGAGGGCCAAACCAUUGUCCUCAUCUAGUGGUACAUAGAAUUGUCUAGUUUGCAUGUUUAGAGGAUUGUAUUGGGAGGAUUGUACACUGAGCAAUUUUAGUUGUGGGUGUGAACACUCCUUCCCGAAAAUCAAUGGCACAAAAACAAAAGAAAUGAUUAUUGAUUUCACUGUUGAGAUGGUGCAACAAUUUCAGCAUCUGGGGACAGUUACUGACAGUAUGCUGACUUUUGAUGCCAAAACCGACGCCAUGUGCACUUUUAUGGGAAACUGAGACGUUUUAAUGUCGAGAGCUGUUUUAUGAGAAUGUUCUACUUUUGUUUUAUCCAGUCAAACAUUUUCUUUUAUCUUUUGGUUUGGAUCUCUUUCUCUAGAAAACUUUGGGGAGUAUUGUCAAAGUGUGCAGUAAAACUGCAAACACUCGUCUUCAUGACCUUUCUUUUUUAUAGAGAGCCACUAGGAAGGCACACGCUAUCUUUGCCGAUCGCACCCAUCCACUCAACUUGUUGCCAUCUGGGCACAGGCAAACUCUGCCAGCGUGUAGAGCCAAGCGCCUUUAAAAAUUCAUUUGUCCCUGCCACCACUAGACUCCUCAACGAUAUUAUGUAGCAUGAGUUUACUUGUGAUGACUUUGUGACUCUGUUUUGUUUAGUUUGUGUUAUAUUUCUGCUGGCUGUAAAAAGAAUUGCCCCUCGGGGUAGGACUGGACGACAAUGGCAAAAAUAAUAAUCACAAUUAUUUCAACUGAUAUUGAAAUCACGAUUAAUAAACACGAUAUUCGUUAAUUUGUUCUUUUUUUAAACAUAUACAGGACAAAAACACGCUGUAGGCUACUGCUCUAGACCGACUGAUCAAACUCGGAACAGAAAAGCGUUUUAUUAUUGUUCCACACACAUCACACGCUUGCUGCAGCUGCACGUAACAGGGGUGCAUUCAAAGCAGCGUGCGGCGCAUUUAUUGUUUUUCUUUGAUUAUAAUGCUUUUGUGAUCAUGAGAAGCCAAAAUUAAAAUCAUGUUUAAAAUGUGAUUAAUCGUCCAGAUGUACCUUAUUGUGAAAAAUCAGUUGAAUUUGUCCAUACUUGUGUGGUUGUCCACAGUUUUAGAAUCUCUUAAAAUCCAAAAGUCAUGGAGUUUGAAGCCAACCCUCCUUAAAGAGACUAACACCAAAUUACUUCAAGGUGAAGCGUUAGAUCUUUAAGAAGAAGAAAAGUCUGUAAUUAAAUAUGUACAAUCCAAAUGAAGUACAGUGUUGUUUGAAUACUGUUAAACUUGUUCCUGCAGCGCCUCUGUCUGCAGUGGAACAAACAGCAGAAUACUCACGCUUCAGGAGCUGAAAAGGCUCAACAUCACUGAAAUAUCAGGCAAAGCUUCGUCUGAGAGCGAGCUGUAAUCAGCAGACGAAAAUAACUUGAGUGACGGGCGUCUCAAAUGUCUCUUUUCAGAGAAACUUCUAUGAUGCUCAUUACAGCCACCUUUUCCACAGCAGGCAGAAAUCACGGACCUACGAAACCUGGUGGUUAAAAAAGGUGACAUUCCCGAUGACCAAUUAGCCUUUCUUUGAAAGGUCUCAAUUUUCGCAGAUUAUAUCGAACACUCUUGACAUUUUAACUAAGUGGCCUCUACCAUCAAACAGGUACUGAGUGCUUUGAAAGACGAGCUUGUGGUUGAGUAGAACAGUGUUUUAGGUUUGGCUUCAUGAUGUCAAACAAUCUGUUUCAUGUUUAAUGAACUAUGCUAUAUAUAUUCUUUUAAAUUAAAUAGAUUUUAACAAGUUCCUGCCUCUUAAAUGUGUUUACUGCUUUUCUCCUUCCAAAGAUUGUAGUGGGUCUGUUUAUUUUGGUUGUAACAGACAGAAAGAGAGAAUUAUGAGAAGAGCAGGAAUAAAACAGCUGUGUGGAGCUGGGGAUCUAUUUUGCAAGGAAUGUCGUCUUUAUGCACGAAGCACCUGCUCUAUCCACUAAAGCAGACCAGCACCCCUGAUUUAUUUUGUUUUAUCUCUUUAAUGGAGAAAAGAAAAAUCCAGAUUAGACACGAACAGUUUACUUGCUGUCAAAUCAAAACAAAUAAAAAUUAAAAACAAUAGAGCUCCUCUAUUUUCAUGAUCAGAUAACAUUUGAUGUAAUAAGUUGAAAGUCAGUGAAAACAGGUCCUGUAUUGCCUUCAAUGUUCCACAUACCCAAACUUAAGCUUAGGCCCUCUCAUAGUGUAAGACAGGAAAGUUUUUUUGAACUCUUUCUUCUCUAAGUAAAAAAACUGUUUUGUUUUUUUUCAGAGGGGUUUGGUGACUUUCCCACAUCUCAGCUGCAGCUGUCUUCAAGUCUGCCAGUUUCACUGCUGUUUUGUUAAAAUAUCACACACUCUUUUCAUCAAACUAGGGCUGCUGAAUGAUUUCUUUUUAAUCAUAAUUAAUCAUUUGGUUUCAAUAUUUAAUCGCUGUUCUUUGCAGACUAAUAAUUGCAUGUUUUGAAUGAAUUUAUUUUGCAUUUCAAAGUCUUUAUUAAUUAUGUAAAGCAAUUCUAAACAGGACUUUGAUUUGAGAAUCAAAUCAAUGGAAUUAUACGUCCUUUAAGAUCUUGACUUUAUUCAAAUAAAUCCCACAUUGCUCCUCCAUAGAGGUCUGAAACCGUGACUUAGAGGAAGGAGACGGCUGCAAAGUGUUUAUUCUGUGAAAUGCAGGGUUCCCUCUUUCUUUCUUUCUUUGCUUUUUGAAGUUUCAUUUAUGGCUGUCACAUCUUCAUGCAAAAGGAUAGAGCAGCAAACUAGUAGAGAGCAGCAAGAGGUAAUGUUGUGAUGACAGAAGGCGGCUAGUUGAACCCAGGUUGCCCACUUUGAGUACUAUAUCUUUUGUACAAACUGCCAACCAUCACCAUGACAGAACAUAACAAAAACACUUUAUCGCUCCAUGAACUGUGAGUGUUGUUGGAAACAGAAGUACGAGUGGUGUGUGAACAUGUGAGGUCAGUCAUUGUUGCACUAAAGGCAGAAAUCCUUCACCUGGAAUCCCAGAGAUGAAGUCAAAUGUAAAACUCAGGAGGUAGAUUUGCAACUGAUUUACACAAUGUUCAAAUGGGCUUCCUUAGCGAUAUGAUAUAUUUCCCUCACUGUUGACUGGCCUGCAGUCAACUACCCUUUUAGCCAGCUCUGUAGCUAUCAUUUUUAAUUUAGUCUUAUUCACAGGUCUGUGCUGAUUUGUACUCUAAAAAAUAAUGCUCCGCCAGUUUUGUGAUGUGGUCGCCUGCCGACGUAUUUCUCAUUAGCUGCACCUGAAUAUUUUGUGUGUAGGUGGAAGUAUCUGUGAUGUUUUGACACCUUUUGACCUGUCAAGAAAACUGUCUGUGAGUUUUUAAAGCUGAAUGUGCCGUUUAAAGGCAUAGUGGUGCUUUCAUUUUCUCUACAGAAGCAGGAAGACACUGCAGCAGCAUCACUACCCUGAAGUGGACCAAAUAGUGCACCGUUCAAAAAAAGGAUUUACUCACUAGGAAAGGCUAUGCUACCUAAUUGUGUUUACAGUUGCUAGGUUACAAAAGUUCCUCCUUGAGUAGUGAGUGUCGGGUCUGUUGGAUGACGCUUUGGAUGCAUCAGACUAGAUUUCAUCAGUGAGGGGAUUGUUGUGCUGAACAUGCUGAACUGGGCAUUAAAGGAAACAGCCCCUUGAUUGGAUGUUUACAGUGUAGCAGCUGAAAUCCAGGCUCAUCAGUCCAGGUUUUUCCAGUCUCCUUUAGUCUAGUUUUGGUGAGCCUGUGUGAACUGUAGCCUCAGUUUGCUGGUCUUAACUGACAGGAGUGGCCCCCCCCGGUGUGGUCUUCUGCUGCUGUAGUCCGUCUGCUUUAAGAUUGGACGUGUUGUGUGUUUAGAGAUGGUCUUCUACAAACUUUGAUUGUACUGAGUGGUUUUUUGACUCACUGUUGCCUUUCUGUCAUCUCAGACUAGUCUACCCGUUCUCCUCUGACCUCUAACAUUGACAAGACAUUUUCGUCCACUGGAUAUUUCCUCUUUUUUCUGACCCUCCUCUGUAAACUCAGAGAUGGUUGUCGGUGAAAAUCUCAGUAGAUCAGCAGAUUCUGAUAAGCCCAUCUGGCAUCAACAUGCCACGGUCACAGUCACUUAAAUCCUCUCUCUUCCCCCUUCUGAUGCUCAGCAAGUCCUCUUGACCACAUCAACAUGCCUGAAUACACCGAGUUGCUGCCAUGUGAUUGGCUGAUUAGCUAUUUGUGUAAACGAGUGAUUGAACAGGUGUACCUAAUAAAGCAGCUGGUGAGUGUGUAUGUAUAUAAACGUAGCAGCACUUUGGCUCCUGGAUAAAUAAGAAUUCUAUGAACCUUACGUAGUUAAUCUCAUUGAUCUGGAACAGAAAUGAUUACAGUUAGAAAGUCAAUACACCUAAUCGUGGCCUUGGGUCUUAAAGAGGUAAUACUUUCUCUAUUUCCCAUGAAAGGGGAGGAAAAAGAAAUGGAGCAAUCUGUCAGUCAUUUCACUUUUCACUGCCACGCUUGAGUAGGUCAUGGACUCAGCGGACCUCAGAGACUAAAUCCUUCACACCUUCAAACAGAAUAAUUAAGCCAACAAAACUGACUUCAUUUCAUUUGCAUUUUAAGCGGAUGGAAAGCACCCAUUUAAGCUGUAUUUUGCUAUUACCAGGGUCACAUUAACCAGACAUGCCCUAAUUUUCCAUAUAUCUUCUUCUUGUGGGUCCAUAGUGUGCAUUAAGAACCGCUCCUUCUAUCUCUGCCUGUGUGUGCAGUAAAAUAAGCUUUUAUCGUAAUUCAACACUUUUAUACGGCUUCAUGCUUUUUCUUCCCUGUGCGUCAAAAUUACAGCUGACUCCAAUUUUCAAAUUAAUGGCCGUAAAAUAAUGGGUUUUAAGUGUGUAAAAGGUACUUCAUUUCAAUAUUGUAAAGCCAAUGUGUUCAAUUAAUCACCGUUGCAUGAUGGGCCUUGUGACUGGUAAUAUGUCACAUACUUCUGUGCCCUGAAAGUAUUUUUAAUUUUAUGUGCCUUAAAUCUGAGUGAACACACUCAAUAAUGUAAUAUAUCACACAAGCGCUAGUGCCCUGGAAUUUUGCUUGGCUAAGCGCGAUCACACAUCACACACUUUAAAACCCUUGGCUCCCGUGUCAGAGAGGAAGACAGCGAGGAGAGGGAAGGGGAGGAGGGAGGUUGAGUGGGAGGCGUGUGAAGCUUUAAAGCUCCCGUGAGGAAUUUUAGCAGCUUAUAAAACAGACUGAAAUUAAAACCAGUGCCUUUAUAUGACCUACGAAAGCAAAUGGGACCAUUAACAAAAUCGUUACAUCUGUAUGUUGAUUCUUUAUGUACGAGGUGGUUACCAGCACGCUGAUUCAGACCUGAAUCAAACACUUUUCACCGCUGAAAGUUUUGCUGUUAAAAAUAAAAAGGAAGUGAUCCAAACAGAUGCAAGAUACUGCUUCAUAAUCUGAAAUUAACAGCAAUAGAGUCAGACAGAAAUCAUGCAACUACACUACACUCCUCUUCCCCUGAGGAUAAACCAUAGACUGUAUACAGAAUGGACGUCAUCGGCAUUCUCGCUGGUUCGCCCAGCAGAAGUUUCCAUCAGCAGCCAACAAAAUGACAACAAAAAUAUGAAAAAAUCCAGCAAAAAUUACAGAUAAUACAGAGAGACCGGACUUGCAGCAACCUCUCGGUUCAAGCGCAUCAUUUGAUUGGUCGGGGAUCAAAUUUCUUUUCCAUGUGCACGCCUCUUUUGACCAAAACUGGCUGAAGCAUUCAGUGCAUUCUCCAGAAGUUUAACAGCACAAAUGAGCUGCUAGGAAACAGAAACAAAACCAUAUCAGACGAAGAGAGAGAAGGAAAAAAACAAACUUUUACUGUAGUCCAAACAAACAGCUCAGAGCUGUAGAUGCGACGGUGUUUUACAGUUCCUUGGUCAUCCAUAGCUUCUUGUAAUUGCAUUUUGUCAAUUGUUAUGGGUCUACUGGGACGUGAUUAGAUAGUAACAAACUGAAAAGGGGGCAAAGCAGACCUGCUUCUGUCAGUGAUUCUUCACUGGAGCUUGUAAACUAGGAUGAGGACAGUAGGACAGUUAAGUCAUCGAACCAUAGGCUUGACUGAAUCUUAAAAAGCUGGAUCCAGCUCAGGGGUGUUAGUUUUUACACUGUUGUAUCAUCACAAAGUAAUGCUUUUACAGCAAACUUCUAAAGUAGGCUACAAGUAUUUCGCCACAUUAGCAUACAUUUGUUAUUGUGUCCGUCAGCUGCUCGUAUGGUGUCUUUUUUCCUGUUUGUGGUUCCACACAUUCGCAGAAAGUCUUUUUAGCUGUAACAGCUCCAGGUUUCACUAACAGUUUCAAUGCUAAAUUAACUUUUACUCACCUGUUUACAUCAGAACCAAAGGAACACCUAGUGGAAACUUUCUGGAUACAGAGCAGAAGGAAAGUGAAGCGAAAAAAACAACUUUACAGUUUCCAGGUGGGCGUAUAUUUGAAGAAGUUUCCCUCCUAAUAGGGGGGCACAAUCUGAUGAUGGGUCGUGGCCGUGUCUGGAAAUGUGUCAUUACGGGUAAACAGAUCCCAGGAUUAAAACUUUUCUGUGGUUUAGUGUGGACACCCAACACGGUGAGGUGGUUGGAACAAACAAAUUAGCAUCCCCUGUAGCAAGCGCCGGGGUGUUAAAAAAUAAAAAGCAACAACUGCUUCUUUGGUCCUCCAGUGCUCCGACGACAACAGAGCAGCUGGUGUGUUUGCUCUACCCUGUGAUACCUUGACUUUGCAACACCGGAGCAAAACCCUGAACAGCGUAGGAGGAAACAGAAUCACUCACAGAUAGUGACGGGGAGUGGUUUUGCAUGCAUGCCUACACAAAUCACUCCUGUCUUUCUGUAAUCACAGGAGUCGAUUCAAAUUGCCAUGUAGAGGCUAUAUUUUCCCAGUUGGUGAGCUCCAGACACAGGAGACUUUCUCUGUUGCUUCCACAUUCUCAGGUUGCUAGGCCAGAGUCAGACUAUAUACAUUAUGUAGGAGACUGCAAGAAGAAAAAUGUUUUUAAUUAUAUGGGACCUUUAUGAAAAGAUAAAUUCUUAACUCUGAAUUUCAUCCUGUAGUCAAACUAUAGUGUAUUACCUUGAAAAGCUGCCACAGAGAAAACCUUUUUUAUGUGCACAACCUGUGCUACAGUCAACCAUUUAAUAAGAAAUAGCAGAUAUAUUUUGUUUUCUAGCGCACUUUUCAUUUCUUUGAAGUGCCUCAGUGUUCGGCCUUAACACUGUUGGCCAACCCACUUGGGCACUCUGGGUAAUAGCCUUUGCAUCAGUGCUCAGAGCACCGUGCAUUUAAAUGAAAUAUCAACUUGUCGCAUGGCCAAGGAAGACGACAGCCGGCUCUGUUGGGCCUGCCAGAAUCCACUCUGUCUUCAGGGGGGGAGCACUCUCACUUUAUGGGAUUUCAUGAAGGCUGCUUUUGGAACAGGAGUGGAGGUGAGGUAAUUGGGGAAAAGAUGUAUUUUAGGAUAUGAUGUAAUCAUUUCACUUUUGCUGUUUUGUGCAUUUGUAAACCCAUUUUAGUUGACAUUUAGUGCGAACAUUAGAGGACAGUAGGUUCAGCCGACUACUCCCAGUCUGGGAGUAGUUGAGCCCAGAGGGACAGUGGAGCACAAAGCCGGUGCUUUAAUUAAUAUUUAUUGGCUGCAGUCGCAUCUUUAGCAGACGUAAAUUGUUUUUAAGCAUUAUUUGUUGCACACAAUUAAAGAAAGAGCAAGGUGCUUCAGUUUUCUUGUUUGUGCAGUUACAACACAAUUACCCACCUUGUAUUUCUGUAGAGCACACAUCCACUCUAUGUAGCUUAAAAUGAAGAUUGAACACCGAGAAGUCAACUUCAAAUCUGGUUUUUAAAGCUAUGAAUUUUGAGUUUUAAAAAAGCUGUUAUCAGUUUGCUGUAAAUCACCACAGACAGGUGCUUCAAAUAAGCAAACAGAAAUAUUCAAGCUCAUCUUUAGUGGUCUUGCUAGCUUUUGUUGGUGAUGGGGUGAGACACUGAUACACACCUUCAGUCAUGUCACACCUUCAGUAGCUUGACUCCAACAUGCCAUUACGCUGCACUAUGACAAAGGCGCUGAGCGUGUGGAUCAGUACAUUUCAAUAAAAACAAGGAUCAGGAGGAACACUGGUCUCAUUGUCUGACCACUUUGAGAACAUUUUAGAAAACAAGCAUGCACAAAACAUCAACCCCCGAAACACAGUCAGAGGGAGGUCACACUGCUGGAGCACGAAAGAAAAUGGCAACCUUUAUUUCCCCUUUAAAACACAGACUGAUGGUUUUAUUUGAAGUUUAUAUACAGGAUAAAGUAUUCUCUAUAAUCGAUCUUUGUAAAUAUUGAUAAUGAAGUAUUGUGUUUUUCCUUUGACAAAAAAAUAUAGGCGAUGAUAAUUUGAUGUCCUUUUCCCCCAAUUCUUGUUUUAAAGAGCAGCAACAUUUAUGCAUCAUAUCAAACUCAAACUAAACUAGACGCAGAUCAAGAAGUGAGCGGAAAAACAUUUCACAGCAACAGUGUCCAAUUUUCUUCUCACUCUUUCUCAUUGAGAUAUUUAAUGUGUCCACAUGUUCUGAGUGUCAUCUAGGGAGCGCAACUGGGUCAAACUAAAUCUAUAAAGGAGCAGGCUUUCAGAAGAGCCCCCUCCCACUCCCAUCCUCAAAAAUAAGUGGAAAAAACAGGCUUAAAACAUGAAAGUUUUUAAGAAAAGAUAAAGCUCUGUGAUAAUUACGCUAGCAUAGAAGGCACUUAACUGCUGCCUGACACGUUUUUUAAAUCUACAAGAUAAAACGUCUCUUGGAGAGAUAAUAUCUUCAAACCCUCAGGCUCAGAUUGGUCAUGCUCUUCUGAGAAGAGAGGAGCAGGUAAACAGAUGUGCGUAGCUGAUCACACAAGAUCAAAUCUCUUCUUAGAGGGAUAGAAAAGCCUGCCUGGAGCGGGGCUGCGCUGUUUGAUUCACUUUUUAAGGUUUGAGCUUGUUAUCCUUUUUUUAAACUAUGUAAUAUAUCAUCUCCACUAUCGUCUAAUGUCUUUUUGAACUGCAGGAUAUCUUGUUGUUGACAUUUAAAUAUGCAUUAGUUAAAAUUUUCUGCCCAAGCACUGAUAAUUUAAAAAGACAUGUAACAUUAGGUCUGAUGUGAGGAUCAGGGACAAAACACCACCAAGAUUUUACACAAAUUUGGACCCAGGAGCCAAUCUCUGGUCUUGAUGAGGCAGACAAAGCCAAAAGAGCCCACUGUCAGUGAAAAGAUGAACAUGUUUACAGCCUGGUUCAAAAACAGUUAAGGUCUGAAAAGUUCAAGGCUCUAAUAGCAGCCACUGUGGGGUGGAGAGAUUCUCAAGGUCACAAGAGCGGCAAACAGAGGCAUUAUUGUUGAGGCUGACAUUAUUGUUCAAAAAAGUCGAUUUACAGCCUUAAUAAGACCGGAAAAAAACAUGUACUCACAUACGUACAUCUGAAAUGGCUCGCACUUGAACUUCUCAUAUACCUGGAUAAUGAAGUUGAGGAUGCAUUUUAUUUUUCCAUGCAUGCAUAGGACUGAAAACGACUCAGUGUUCUGUGUUUGCUCUAGUGCUGAUCCUGCGGCCUUUGAGUCGGAAGUUCAAAAGCAUGAAUGUGAAGUUCAAUGCCGGCAUCUCGCUGGUUGCUUGCCUGACAACUCCGAAAAUAUUCUUUCGAAAUAUUAAGCUAAUAUUUAACCAUCAACAACUGUCAGCCUUGUACAUCCCUUCACUCAAAAUAAGUCCAUUAACUACCUUUAAUUAAAAUGUCUCGGCUCCAUAAAAAGUCCUGAGGAUUCACUUUGUUCCCAAAAACAGCGGUCUGUGUGGGAUCCUCAGUUAAUUCAUAAUCAAUGCAUACAAGUACAGUCGGUUCAUGAUAACUUUUUACUGACGUGUCAUUUGACAAGUUUUUUUAAGAGAUGGACCAAAUUUACAUUGCACAUAUUUUUUUAUUGUACAUUUUAAACACCUGAGGCUUUGUGUACGAACAACUUUACAGAGUGACAGGAGGAGGGGAUGGUACCAGAAGAUAUUUCCUGUAACUUAUUGUCAUUUGAUUAAACACAUUCUGUAAUGUAGAGCAAAAAAAAAAAAGCUUUCAGGUGUCAUAACAGUGGCAGCAGUUUUCAUUAUCAAGAAACAAUCCUAUUAACUUUAUAAAAAGGAGCUCCACUCAGAAAGAAACCGGCUGACAGCAAGAUACAUAUAGAUGUAGUCCGUAACGCGAUGGUAGGAUUUAGUAAUUACCACAGCUUACCCAAGGCCAACAGGAUUUAAUGCCAACUUUUAAUUAUGCGCAAACCCUCCUGUUGUGGUUUCAGAAUAAAAGCAUUAUUGAGUGAAGACAAGAAAAGAACACAUCUGGCUUUUAUUAUGAAAUGACUUCCUGAAGUGCCUUCCUAGUGUAAUUUAUUAUGCUCAUGUGUCACAUAAUCGUUGCAUAUGGAGCUAAUAAAGCCCUCAAUUUUUUUAUUUCUUCCACUCUUCUGCUCUUAAGCUCUUCAUGCUAAAUGGACAUGAGAUAAGGGAUAGACGCCCUGCUCAUGCUGGCAGUGUGACGGGUCUAAUCCAUUAAAAUAUAUGUGAAAAUGAAAGCUGAGCUGUUCUGCAGUCGGCAUAGAGAUCCACUUACUUUGUCUAAUUGCACAGAAGUUUAGAUAUGUGUCUCUCUUAAUCACAACAACCAUCAAACAAAUCAAACAGCAAUAUGCAAUAACAGAUUACCAAAUAAACUAUUAGAAAGACAGCAGUCUUAUAGUAAUUCAAACAAAACACAGAUGAAGUGCUGAGGGUUGAGAGCAGAGAGGAACAUACUGGAGGACAAUGUUCCUGCAGAACGUGGUGCAGCUCUGCACAGUCGUGAGCAAAACGACUGCUGCGUAAACAAAUGUCUUUAUCAGCACUUAGAAGAUGGCCCUCUGGUUACGCCACAGCUGUAGUUUUGUGUUUUUUGCUCUGGGCGUGUUCUGCUGUGCCUCCUUUGGUUAAGCACAGACUGUGUCAGUGUAUCUGUGGGAAACUGGUCACUUUACCCAGAAUGCGUUUAGUGUAAGCCUUCCUCAUUCUCCCACUAUCACUCUCUAUUACUGGCUUUUCCCAUUGCACUGCAUUUUUGUCUUUUGUAUGGCUCUGCACUCAUCUUUAUCUUACACCAUACAACGCUAUGCUUUCACACAUCCACUUACUAACACCACUGAUCUGCAGAUGGAGCGUUUUCUACAUUUAGAAAAUGGAUUCUGCUUCUGCUACCCUGUAAACAAACACGAGCGCUUGUGCUUUCCAGUGGAAUAGUGUGGGUUUCCCUUCUUUUGUCCUGCUGGGAGAGCUGAAUCAUGACACUUAAUAAUGCUGUCGUCCUACAGACUUUACUUCACCUCAUCAAGAGGAAGAAAUGACCAUGGCUGGCUGAACAGAAAGGUCAGGCCUCCAUACAGUCAGACAAAGAGAUACAGAAGUAAAAGUGCUUGGGUCAACUUGAAAACAAAUUAGCCACAGCGUAUCUUCUAGCAAAAGAAGCAUGAGAGGAUAAAAACUGCAUAUUUCAUUCAUGAGAACUGUUAUUAUAUUCAUACAACCUAAACACUUGCAGGCUCACAUUUACUAUAAUCUCUAUUGCUUGAAAACUUUCCAAACAGAUCUUUCCACAGUUUCAUGCAUGGAAAGGUUGUGCAAGUUAGAGUUAACACAGCUCCCUAUGCAGUAAAGCGGUAAGGCUGCAGUGACUGUUCCUGGCCUCUGUGUCUACAGUCAGAUGCUGCCGUUUGAUGUGAUUCAUGUGGAAACUGUGUAUGUGCUUGAAGCUCUAAGAUCUUUACACAGCUUCACCCCAAAUAUUUUCAACAGCUUGUAUUCCAGCAACAAAGGUAAAGAGAGAAAAAGAUGCAUUCAAGUCCAACUCUGAUUGUUUUUUUAAUAAUACAAAGUUUUCUUAUGGGUCUUUUAAUUGUGAUUAUGAAGAUUUAAGCCAAAAUCACGUCACCUGUGUCAUUUUCAAGAGCUUGUCUUCCACAGAGCUCCAGUAGCUCAUUAGCAUUUCUGAGUCGUGGGCAGAGACAGUGCAGCUCUGCGCACUCCUCCCUACACUAGCCUGUAGCCUAACAUUGUCUGUGUAGUGGAAGUGGCAGGUAUCAUAGGAGAUAUUCAGCUCUCGGACACUAAUGUCUUUGGAGACAUGAUGAAAUUUAAUAUCAUAAUUGGCCUUCUUACGAGUAUUGCAAUCCGCUAAUGCACACACUUGUUCCACGAUUGUCAUCUCUACUUCUCUGAGUGUGGCUUGCGUAGCAGGGCUCUGGGGGCGGAGCUUGGAACUGUGACAUAGGAAAUCUCACUCUGCCUGAGCCAGCCAUUUGGGCCUGCAAGAGAUUCAAAGCGAUUUGAAUGCAGAAAUACUCCGAAAUGCAAUUUUGCACUUAGUUUUCUCGUGAUCCUGUAGCAUCAGACAAAAUACCAUAUGAACAUAGAGACAACAAGAAAAACAUGAUUUUCAGGGGAGUGGGUCUUUAAGUGACACAUAGCAGCAUGGCAUGAGCAGCUUUUCAUACUCUGUAAGUGAAGAGAAAAACCAAUGCAAUGACCAAACAGCAAAGAACACUUAAAGUCUGGGUAAUCAAUAUGUACUUAAAUGAAAGUCUCCUUUCAUUCUGCUCCACGGUGCCUCUCAUGGAAGCACACUGUACACGUGUCCAGAGGGUUUUUAUCACCCUCCCUUAAAGGGAAAUCUAUGCUGAAGUAAUAUUUACUAAUUGCAUUUGCUGACAUGCUGGAGGCAUCAUUGGGCCAGUGGCUGUUGUAAACUAGAGUGUUCCACUAUCGCAACAUUUGUAGGAAUCCUUUUUAUAUUUAGGUCUUAAACAUACAGGAUCCCAAAUUUAGGUUUAGUGAUAGGACAUGGAGACGACUACCUCGGGGUUUCACAACAGAUGCUUCUAAAUGCUCCAACAGGAUUAUCAUUCAGAGAACUGAUGACCGUGCACAGUGCCAUAGAUGCUUGGCCAGUUCACCGAGUACCUAGUGAUGGAAGUGGCGGUGCAUUUAUUGCUAGGAGGACUUGAGGGAUUUAUUUAUAGCACAUAUUUCCACAGAGCCACUAUCCCCACUCAUUUCCAGAUUCUCACUGUAAUGAGUUUUUUUUUUCUACAGCUUUUUCCACCCAUCCUGUUUGCUUCUCCCUUUUUUGUGUGCUGUCUGGUAUACAAAACAUUUUGUUCCCUCUUUAUUUCUAUAUCUUACCUUCAUUAAAUCUUUAUACGGAGAACACUGUUUUGUUUCAGUGUCAGUCUGGUUGUCAGUACACAGAAAAUAGUACAGGUCAGAGCUGCUAGUAUCCCUGCUUUUCUAUGGGGUCACUUAUGCUGUUGAGAAUUAAUAGUUUUUGGUCUGGGGUUAGAACCAAGUGUUCAGCGCAGUCAGGAAAAAAAAAAAGAAGAUAUAAACAGAUUUAUACAAAUUUUGUUGUUUGGAUUUUUGCCUCAAUGCAAGUCAUGUUGCAUAGUUGCAAUGGACUAACAACUAGUGUACUGCCUAUAUUUUUUAUUCAUGACUCUAUUCAUGAAUAGACCUCAAAGCCAAGUUUAACAUGGAAAUACACAUUUUGUGUCUUGAUUCACCCCCAACUUACUGCAAGGUAGAAGUGAUUUCACUUGCAACAUGGCUGUGUGAGAAGUAAAAAAAAGAAACCUACAGUGUUAGGAGAAAUAAACGGCCAAAACCUACCCACCUCCAGAGACAGAGAACCACCGAUAUGUGAUUAAGGCAGCUGAUGUGGUACAGGGAAUGUUUGCUACCCACUUUGCCAUGAAACUGUCACAGUGCUGUGUGACACUCAGCAAGCAGUGGUAUAAUGAUGCAUAAUAAUGUGUUGUGUACAACAUUUCAGACUAGGCAGGAACAGCAGGUUAGCAUAUUAAUGACAAGCCAUUUUCUACACAUAAAAUACAUGCGUCUUGAGGCUUUUCACGGAUCAUAGCUGCAUAUCGAGAUCAGCAAUGACCAUAACAAAACAACUCUUUAUUUACUCUUCAUUUAGAGCUUCCUCAGGAUGCAACUGCAAUACAAACAGGGUAAAAAUGUAUAAAUUUGCAUCAUGAAUUCUUGCAUUUUCCCAUCUUUAUUAUGGUCCUCUCUCUUUGUCUGUUUUUUCUGCCUGUUUGUCCUUCCAAACUCUUCUGGGAAGCAGUUUGUGUUUGCAAAACUUGAGAAUGCUGUCUCACACAUUUUAAGUAUUUCUGUUUUGGUAUUCAUGCCAUUCUUGUGCAGUUUUUUUUUUAUUGAAGUUUGUCAAAAGUCAAACAGUAACUACUUGUGAGAGAAAAGGGAUGAUUGGAGAGUAUGUACUUGUUCUUCAAUACUGGUGAGGACCAAUUUAGGUGUUUGACCUGAGGGUUGAGAGUAUUUUUACAAAGUAAAAACAAUUUGUGUAGCUCCUACUUCUAUGAAGAGGUUUUUUUUGGAAGACACUUGUUUUAAUGGCUUAGGUGUGACUAAAGUUUAUUUAAAGUUAAAGAUAAGGGUUUGGGGUUAAGUGUGUUGCAGUGACACCUAAAGUAAAGUGCUGGGUAAUGCAUUGUGUGAGGUAAGUGGCAGAAAUGUAUGAGUAAACCCACAGUAAGUAUAGCUCCGUCGGCAGGUGACAUUAGGUUAACUUAUCAUAAUGUGUCAAACAUUCAUUAUCAUAGGAAGGCAUGCACGAAUAUUAUAGCUUCAACAUAAAGACUAUGAGUCACUCUUUUCUCUCUCGGGUUUCUCAUUACUGUCACCCAUGCAUAAUGCGUUUGCUGUUAAGGCUGCUUAAUGCAUGAGGAGUUAUUUAAAGCAAAGAAAAUUAUGUUUUAUAGGUAGUUUGACAGACAGGUGUACUUUUUGAUUACAUACUGGGAAACUGCGUUAAGUUGUCAGAGCAAAUGGAUUUAUUCAAAGAAUCAUUUUAGCUGUGUGCAGAGUUUGAAGGCCAAAUGCAUCACAGAUGCGUGUCGAAGGCAGUCCUAUCUCAAAGGCUCCUAUCUAAAUGCAGUCGAACCCGUCUUUUGUCAAGCCAAGCAAGUUGCAUCAUUCUUGGCACAACAAAUCCCUUCUUAGCAAAUGUAAGACAUUUAGAGAAAACCUGCCCAAAUGUAUUGGGAACUAGUCUCUGAUAAACUAUAAUCCUUGCUGAAGUGACUGCUCCUGAGCAGGGUGGCCAUGGUCAGCAAUGGAUCCAGCCUGAGGUGAAGCCAGUGCUGAUGUCUGCCUGGUGUCAGGCUCAGAGUAUGAAGGCAUGUCAGCGUGAACUUUUCUAACAACCACAGAAGCUUUAGACUGCCAGCAAACCCACAUUACCAGGCUGUGGCAGUGACUGUGUAAGAGACGUAGCAACAACCAUACAAAGCAGUGUGCAGGUACAAUGUAUGACGGUGUUAGACGCCAACACUGGGCACAGUAUGGCUGCAUGAUUAAUUGAUUUUAAAUCGUAAUCAGAUUAUUUGAUUGUGACGGUGUUAAAGAAAAUAUUAAAAUUGUCAAAUCCAUUCUCCUCUCUAUUAUGUCUCGUGCCCCCAGGCUACCGUAGGCUCCGCCUUCCUGCAAGAGCACUCCCCAGUUCCCACACACAGCAGAGUAAACAAACAUGGCGUUUACAAAAGAAGGCGAUAAUUUUGUGGCUAAAUGGGGCAAGAGCAAAUCAGUCAUGGAAUUGGUACAGCGUCGCAGUUUCAGACAAAGAGCAUACUACCCCCCGCUGCAAAGUCUGUCUGGAGGUCAGUAUCAACCCGUCCACACGUCCCCGUCCUGAAACAAAUUCAGGAGUCAACACGGGUUUUUUGUUGUAUCAGCGUUUCAAUCACAUGGACACAGCGCUUCAGGUGCCUGUAAUAGGUACUUUUUAAAAACGGGUACGAGAGUAAAUUAAUCCGUAAACGACUACCAUUUAAUCUCCGUCAGGACGCCUAUCUGCACCUCUCUUGAAAUUGAUUAUGUUACACACAGCGUAACUGCGCGUGUCUGGUCAAACGACCUCUAUGCUCCGUACUCUUCUUCUAUCUUUUGUGCAUUUCCUGGGUAGCGUUACAGCGCCACAUACUGGCUUUGCAUAUGCACUACAUGGUUUUCAGUGAUUUCGUUUGGGGAUAAUGAUAGAAAACCUUUUUAUUUUUAAGGUGAAGUUGUUGUUGAAUAAAAAAAUUGAAAUCUAAAAUCGAGUUUUCAGAGAAAAAAAUUAGAAUUUUAUUUUUGGCUAAAAUCGUGCAGUUUAAGUGCACAGUGUUCACUUGCUCAAGUCUUAUUUAAUAUAAAUGUGGAGAAAAGUAAUUCUUAAACAAUCUUAGAACCAAUGGCUCACUUCAUACUACUGAGCAGUUUUGUUUUUUUUUCCUUUAUCUUGUUUGUAUUUUCCGAUCUGGCAGGCUGAGUCUCAAACUUGAAGAAACAACACCUUCCUUUCUCUCUCUCUCUUUCUCUUAUACACGUUAUACCCUAAUCAAACACACGCACUCAGAGGCCCACCCACACACACAACCCUGGCAAUUUAACAAAGCGUAGGUCUCCCAUCACUCCAAUUACUAACGCCACACCUGUGACAAUAUUCAUUAUUAAGACCAUUAGACUUUGAACCUCUAAAAUCUAAUGAGAUCCCCGUUACAACUACAGCUUUAUACAUCUCCACAAAGCUGCUUGUCAUCUUUGCCUUUGCUUAAUUCCUUUGCCGAAACUUUGCAAUUCCGGCCUGUCUUAACAAUUAACAUCCUCCCUCCUCGUAUGUCUUUGUGGAGUAGCUUCUCAUUGUUAAUCGACAAAUCAGAUGCUGUUAACAGCAUAGGCGCUGCCGCAAACUGAACAUGAGCAUUGGAAAGAGGCCUGCAGGGAAGUAAAAGUAGAUUUGAAAGCAGCACAGCGAUAUGAAGAUCCUUAGUCUGAUCAUUACUCAAAGUGAGAGCAGAUGGGAGCCCUGGGUCAAGGAUUUGUCCCUUGACAUAUAGCGCAGUCAGAGUGUAUUAGAACAGUGACACAUCUUUUACUGCCUCUGGUCUGUACAGCAGAUGAAGAAUUUAGACACACAAGAUAAUAAGGUUAAAAGGACAAAGGUGAACUUUCAUUCAAAAGUGCUUACAUCAGGUGACCGACUUGAACAGUCCAGAGGACACAAGUCUCUGGCUUUUGAGGGAGUAUGGAUUUAUGCACCUUCAAAACAACUUAUCAGGAGUUUGAGCUGCGAAAACAUGAAUUAUACAAGUAAAGGUCGACCCAGAUGUCACUGUGCUGCAUUCAGGACAAAUUCAAGUCAAAUACCUUUGUAGAUUAUCAAGAACAGGCUGCAGUGGUUCAGUAGUCAGGUUCAUGCAUGUAAACCAGUUCAGGAAAUACAGUGUAAUACAAUACAAACAUAUUACAUAAGCACAGCAGUUGAGAAGCGUCUGUCAAAGCCAGAAUACAAGCCAAGCCAAUAUUUAUUUAUAUUUGAAUCUUUAGUUUACACAGGUGAUUACAGUGAGACAUGGAUCUGAUUUUCAGGACCGAUGCUGGAUAAACACAACAGAACAAUAACGGAUUUAGUCUAUUUUUGGAGACACCAGAGGGCAAAGAGUUGAACUGUGCACCUGUUUAAGGAUUUCCAACGCAUUUGGAAAGGUGAAGUUUCUGUGCUGAUGUGUUGAUCCAUCUGUCACUGCCCCCCGCCCAGCUACCCGUACAGAAGUUGAGCCCAGCCUUCAGUAGCAACACUACACUUGCACAUGCACACCAUAUAAAUGUGAAUACUCCGAAUAUGAAUUAUUCAAACACCUUACCCUGAUAGCCACGUUCUGACUGAAAGUUCCUCGCAGGACCUGUAACAAAGGGAACAUGUUCGGUUUGAACUGCGGUAGUUUGUUAUUGGCCGGACAUGCUGUAAAGUCAAUCAAUCAAUCAAAUCAAAUUUUAUUUACAUAGCGCCAAUUCACAACAGUUGUAAAGUGCGGGGAAAUGUCUAACCUAAUAUUUGAUGGCGCAACAAUAUCACAUCAUCUGCUUUCCACUUCCUUGCUGUGGUUUCUGCCACUGUUGAGGAUAUGAAUGAGAGUGAGCGAGCGGUUUCAAUCAACACAAUAUAAGAAAGACACAGCACAGAGAUGAAUACAUGGUUUAAUAUGACGUCAUGAUGUAACUACUUCUAUACGUGUUUUUCGAAUUCAGCACGGAGCAGCUGGAGUCACUAGACCAAGGAUUUCCUGUUUUAAGAACAGAUUUAGAGCUUUCUUACCUCUAUGAUAAGCUCUGAAAAACUCUGACAAGUUGACUUCUGUCCAAUUAUGGCAGUUUGUUUAUGUAGUUAUGUGAAACAUGAUCGUGCACCAAUAGGGAGUGUUUUCUCAUGAGAGUCAACCAGAUGUUUUGAUGAUGUUUGUGUAUCUGACUCCCUGUCUUCCUCAAUCUGCCCUGUGCUAAUUGAUGUGUUGUAGAAGCCUGUGCCUCUCUGCUGCAGAAGACUCUGUACUGCCAGAACUAAAACAGAGGGCAAACCAAUGCAGUGGAGCCAGCUCAGACAUACCAAAUAGAUCUGGUUGAAUUUAGGGCUCAGAUCAGUCCCCCACGCUAAAAGCAGUUGCUUUUGACUAAAAUAACACCAAGGAAUUUCUCCCUGCAUUUAGAAACAUCAGCAGUGUUCGUAGUGAUACUUAUAUGAUGAGUUUUACAAUGAGCUGUUUGAGCUUCAGUGAAGUUUUAAACUUUUUGAUGGUUUGGUAGAAGGAUGUCAGAAGUCAAGGCGCUGAAACCUUGAUACUUUAUGGACUUUGAUACCCCUGCAUUGCUGUACACAAUCGCUGAAUAAAAUAAAAUAUUGUUGAGUAUUCCUCAGACAGGGGAGGUGUGUCUGAGAGGGCAGGUUUAUUUGGAGGGGACUUACUUUUUGAUAUGAAAACCUCACUGUGAAAGGGCACCACCUUAUUGAAAAAAAGAAAAAAAAAAGUUAAAUUCCAAUAUAUCCCUUCUCUGCAAUAUACACAAUAUUGCAGCACAAAAAUACAGGAAUUUAUAUGCUUAAAAACAAUUAGAAUUUUUAAAUAAGUCAGUUUACUUGUAAUACUUUUUUUGAUCUUUCAGUCUAUUCUCUGCUGCAGCUGUCACAGUUUCUAUCAAAGGGCUGAACCCAGUGUUGGUCAGUUCGUUUCUUACCGUAAACAGAACCCGACGGUUAAAUGAUAAAAGAAAAAAAUGCAAACAUGUGCAGAUAUUAAAUAAUGCAUUGGUUAUAGGUCAUUGGUCUUGGAACAGAACCAGAACCCUUACCAGUCCAUUUCAUUUACAAUCCCUCAGUUAAAACAAAAGAACAGAGUACUUACACAAAUUUAGCUCAAGUAGCUAAAGCUAAAUCAAACAUAAACACAACAUAGUAGAGUUAUUUGUUCACAGAACGCAAAAAGAUCAUUCAUUUUCAAAAACUUACUGGAAAAGCAGGCAGAGCUGAGGGAAACUCGCUGUUGUUUUUCUGCGUGCAAAAAUGGCGCGGUGCAGACGGAUUCACGUCAGUGCCGAUCGGUGCGCAUGCGCAGCUGCUUCUUCUUCUUCUUCUGUUACAUUUCCGGCAGAGUACACGCUACAUUUUCAGCCGUCUUAAACAACCAGAUGAACAGAUGCGUCCAUUUUUGUAGUCAUCUCUCAGUGAGAGUCAACACUCUUGACCGCGCUAGCAACACAAAAGAACUACAACAGUGGUUUGUCUUCCUGUCACCACCGGAAGUGAAAAGCAUUUCUCCCCUUCAAGCCGGAAGCGCGGAUACACCAUUUUAUGACAUUCUGUAGUUUUUAAUCAUUUCUGGAGUCGUGGCGAAUCAAAUCACUAGUGAUGGCGAGAUGAAGCCUCAUGAAGCAUCGAAGCUUUCCAUCCAAUUACUCGCCUCCUGGGCCGAAGCUUCAUGGUCGUGCUUCAUUUGCUCUGUUGCGCCAUCAAGUGGACAAUAAAUGUAAAACAGACAGAGUGAUAAACCAAAGACACCCCGAGGCUUUGGUGCGCGAAGCUUUGAAUCCAAUGAAUGAAUGGAUGUGAUGCCGUGUGUUUGUGAUACAAUACAGAAAUGAUAAAGUUAUUAAUAUGGUGUUUGUCUUUAAGACACAGUUGCAGUGUCAAAAAGGGGAAGAGGACACAAAUUAUCGAGAGGGUUGUGAUGUGAAUGUGUUACUUAGUUUGUUGUUCGUACUUUUGUUACGGGGACAACAAAUAAAACAUAAACAAUUCAUUUAUAUUUAUUUAUUUUUAUUUAAAAACAACUUUUCAACAAGUCUCGAGUCUAUGGAUUGUGAGUGGGGCAGGACUCCAUUGCGUUUCGCUGCCUGUUAAAUCAUCCGCCAAACCCGUGAACCGUUUCUUGAACCAGUCACGUGGUAUAGCCGGGUAGCGAGGCUUCGGACGUCAUCAUUUUUGGCUCCACCCCUACAUGAAGCAAGCCUCGAUACGCGCUUCGCGGAAACGCCCCCUUCAUUACUCGACACACGCUUCGAAGCCUCGGCACUGAAGGACACAUCACUACAAAUCACCAUACCUGUCUGCCUCUGAUAGGCUAAUAAAGCGCUCGGAUUCAUGCUGGGAUCUUGCUGCUUCAAGACUAAAGUAAACAAUGAUGGAGGCAGAGAGCAGCUUUGGAGGAGAAACAUGCAGCAGUGUGAACAACCUCUUCAUAUGGAGGUCUUUGGUUCACACUAUCGGCGUUUUCUGUGAGUGUUGCAUGACUUUGGGUGAGCACAGACAUGAACACACUUCAGCCACGUAUUUAUUUAUUCAUUUUUCUAGUUUAAAGUGCUGGUCUUGUACUGGAACUAUACAAGGGCAGCUGUAUACCCUUUCAACACUGUGUUGAAUGGACACUUUAUUAUGACUGCCACUUGUUUUACAGAAAGCAAAUAGUAUAUAUACAUAUACACACACACACACACACACAUAUAUAUAUAUAUAUAUAUAUAUAUAUAUAUAUAUAUAUAUAUAUAUAUAUAUAUAUGUGUGUGUGUGUGUGUGUGUGUGUAUAUAUAUAUAUAUAUAUAUAUAUAUAUAUAUAUAUAUAUGUAUAUAUAUGUGUAUUUAUAUAUAUAUAUAUAUAUAUAUAUAUAUAUAUAUAUAUACAAAAUAUUACAAAAACUCACUGUCCUCUUCUGCAGGUGAUUCCAACGACACAGCACUGAACGGUGUGUGGCAGGAGUAGAAACACUCCAUGGUCAUGGUUGUGUCAGCUGUACUCAUGAGUUCUUACAAUGGUCUCCAUGAAAACAUUCUGUUCAUGUAUCAUGCAAAUGCAAACUUAGCAUGCACAGCAGUUGGUCUGUAUGCUCAAGCGAGGGGCUGCAUUAAAUUAAUAUCUGGCAGACUUUUAUCGUAGAUCAAUCCUGGUUAACAAAGAAGUGGUGAUAGCAUGAUCCUGGGAUUUGCACAUCACACUUGCCAUGGUCAAAUAAAAAUCCUUAAGCUUCCCUCUGCUGACAUGUGAUUCAUGAGUUGAAGAAAACCAGAGUUGUUGGUUGCUGUCUCAAAAAGGCUUGAGUCGGUGUUUGAUUGCUGUCUUUCAGGACAAAAUAUGGCAACAAGAAUAAAAGUCAUUUGGCCGAAAGGGGCCUCUUGUACAGCACUGUUUAUUGGCUGCAUUCAUUAACUUAACCUGAACAUGCAGACAGCAUGUUUGUGUGUGUACAUUUACAUGGCAGUUAAAAAAGAAACUUAAUUUAUUUAUAGCCCAGGCCUUAGAUUGACUGUUGUUCUCCACCUGAUUUUGGGCUUCCACUUUCAGCUCUUCUUCAGUGAAGAACACAAUAAUAGCAGAAUUCACACGCGUGUGAGGUUGCAAAUUCAAGAAGAAAAGUCUGCCUUGGCCUUAUCCAUUCAUAUGAUUACUAAUCUCUUUUAUAUUCUGUGCUACUAAUAUGCAGCCAGUUUUGUCACUUCUCAGCAUGAGAAAUAAUAUGUGUGGUGUGUGAGCCUGUGAAUUAGAGAUUUGAGAGCCCUCCUAUUACAGCUGCUUUUAUCAGUACCAAUUCCUUCCCUACAGACAGUGCUCCUUUUCUUUUACUGGGUGUUUUCUUUUAUUGCUGGGAGGACACUAUUGCUCUGCAAGGUUGUGUGGUGUCUCUCUUAACAUCACUCUUCACUUCAAUAUUUCAUCUGUAUUUCCUCUUUUAUGAAUAAUCUGCUUUUGUAAUUUGUGACAAAAGAUCUUGACUUCUAACAUUGUAAAUCUGUUUGAAAAGUUGUGAAUCCCUUCCAGCAUAAACAAAAAGAUAGCUUUAUGGAGCAUCUAUGACCUAUCUGCAAUUAGCAUCUUAAAACAUGACUUGAUCUUUAGUAAAUGCACUAAAUUUUUUCCAUCUCUCUCUUUUUCUCUCGCAGGUCCAUUGCUGUCUGAUGGCCGACUGACGCACCUCCUCUUUCCUCUCCUCCUCCUCCUGCGGGCUCCCCUGUUGUUCAGCUUUGUUGAACGUACUUGUCCAAAUAGCUGCAGAUGUGAAGGGAAAACUGUCCAUUGUGAUUCAGCCGGCUUCCUAGAUGUCCCUGAAAAUGUCACAAUAGGCUGCCAAGGCCUCUCUCUGCGUUACAAUGAACUGCACUCACUGCUACCGUACCAGUUUGCUCACCUCGGCCAGCUUCUUUGGAUAUACUUGGAUCACAAUCAGAUUUCAACCGUUGAUAGUCGAGCUUUCCAGGGGGUUCGCAGGCUUAAAGAGCUAAUACUAAGCUCCAACAGGAUCAAAUCCCUGCACAAUUCAACAUUUCAUGGAAUUCCCAAUCUCCGCAGUCUGGACUUGUCCUACAAUAAAUUGGAAAACCUGCAGCCAGGCCAAUUCCAUGGCUUGAGAAAGCUGCAAAACCUACAUCUGCGGUCAAAUGGUCUCUCCAACAUCCCAAUUCGAGCGUUCCUGGAGUGUAGAAGUUUGGAGUUUCUAGAUUUGGGCUACAACCGAAUCAAAGCUCUCACCCGCACUACCUUUUUGGGGCUACAGAAGCUGAUGGAAUUGCAUCUGGAGCACAACCAGUUCUCCAGAAUCAACUUUUUUCUUUUCCCACGCUUGGCAAACCUAAGAUCACUUUACUUGCAGUGGAACCGUAUCAGGGUAGUCAACCAAGGCCUGCCAUGGACUUGGUAUACUCUGCAGAAGCUCGAUCUGUCUGGGAACGAAAUCCAGACUCUGGAUCCAGCUGUGUUUCACUGCUUGCCAAACCUCCAAGUUCUCAAUUUGGAAUCCAACAAGUUGUCCAAUGUGUCUCAGGAGGCGGUGUCAGCUUGGAUCUCACUGACCUCCAUCAGCCUGGCUGGGAAUAUGUGGGACUGUGGACCUGGCAUAUGCCCUCUGGUGGCUUGGCUGAGGCAUUUCCGGGGUACUAAAGACACCACUAUGAUAUGCAGCAGCCCAAAGUUCCUCCAGGGAGAAAAGAUUAUGGAAGCUACAAGAGACCAUGGUAUUUGUGAGGAAACUGAUUACGUUCUGACUGAAACCCCAUCCCCAAUGUCAGAGCUCAUUUCCGAGGCCACGGCUGAACCAACUUUUCCUCCCACUAGCAGCUCUCCACCUUUGCCACCAACCCUCAUCUAUGGUCCUCUCCCACCAUACAGACCCCGACCGAUCCCUCAUCCUACCUUUCCAGGUCAUUUGAGCAAAGAUCCAAGAGACUCAGUUGCUCGCAGUAGACCAACUCACAUACCACCCCCUGAGAUAGAGCACAUGACUCUGCACAAAGUGGUGGUGGGCAGUGUUGCCCUUUUCUUCAGCAUGUCCCUACUCUUGACAAUUAUCUAUGUGAUGUGGCGGCGCUAUCCAGGUGCGACUAGGUUGCUGCAGCAGCGAUCCAUGGUGGGACGGAAGCGUCGCAGAAAGAGUCCAGAGCCAGAGCAGAACCUGAGCACCCAGCUCCAAGAGUAUUACAUGAGCUACAACCCCGCUGCCACGCCAGAGGCAUUGGAGGUGCUGGGCAAUGGCACAGGUUCCUGCACUUGCACAAUUUCUGGCUCCAGGGAGUGUGAGGUAUGAUCCAUCGCAUCAGCCUAAAAAUAAAAUCUCAAAAUCAAAACACAAAGACCCAACAGAGAGGUAAAUCUUUUAUCAAAUAUGCCCCCCUGUAAAAAAAAAACACUGUUGAAUCACAGUUGAGCUCCCCUUACACUUGAUCCAUAACAUGCUUGACCUCAAAUGUUAGAUUGUCUCCAAUUAUUCAAGCUGUACUUCUUAAACCUGAGGGUGGAAAUGGAAAAUAACUUAUCUGAUAAAGGGGGAGAAAUGCAUAACCCCAGUUUACAAGGGUGGGACACUGUGUAACAUGUUGAAUCAGAACUUGAAGGUUUGCAGAUCAUCUAAACCCUUUAUAAUACUGAAAAUGAUUCAAAGACAACAUGUUGAAACUGAAAAAUGCUUUUGUUAAAAUCGAUGCCAGCAGCACAAUACAAAAGACAAUUGGACAGGCACAUUAAUAUAUGUGUUGUUCAGAGUAGUGCCAGGUGUUUAACUCACCAAUGCCAUUGGCACUUCAGUAUCAUGGAUGUCGGCUUUUGGGCUGCGCACUGAACAAGCAGGUCGCUCUCCUCUGCAGAGCACAGGGUCCAUGAUAUCCAAAAGAGUGUUAGAUUUUGAUAUUUCAUACUACAAGGAUCCACUCCAUCUAACUCAAGCUAGGGCUCAGAGAUCAUGUAGUCUCUUCUUUGCAUAGUAGUCUUAGCUUGCUUUUGUCGCUAGGGCUAAGGAGUGCAUCCACAGCUAAGGGUUUUCAGAAGUGAUUUUACUACCCCUACAGAGUCACAUCAGAUUUCAGUGGCGCCUGAAGGCCUGAAGAUCAGGGAAAGGCACCAAGUAUUGAUUUGGCCAGAUUCCAGGAACAGUUCAAUGAAAUGAUGUACUGGAGAUAAUGAAAUCCUAAAAGUCUGUGCAAAUUUUGAAUCAGUACUGAAAUUGUUGAGCAGAUUGCCCACACCGUCUCUUACAGAUAAGUGCAUCUCUUGACAUUUUUGCUUCUGGGGGACUCAGCCUCUCUAGAUAGCCCCCCUUAUACUCAGUAAAGUUACUUUUGGAAUGAAGCUGAUUAUCUGGCUGAUGUUUCUACUUUUUUGUUUGCAUUCUGUAACUUUUUAAGUGUUUCUUUGUCCCUGUCCCAACUUUGUUGGCACAUUUUUUUAGCAUCAGAUUGAAAAUGAGCAUGCAUUUUGAUAAAACAAUCACAUUUUGCAGUUAAAACACAAUUGGAUUAAAUGUAGGGCUUUGAUGAUUUGCAAACCUUCUCAUUCUGUUUUAUCAACAUUUUACACAGCAUCACACCGUUUUUUGGAGGCGAGGUUGUACCUCAUGGCUCCAGAGGAACACCAUGUAUUAUAAAUCAAAACUGAACAGUGUUCUCUGAUUGAAUUUUUAAAUAGCUUUUUGGCUCCAGUAUUUUUUUGCGUUAUAAACACGAUCUUAGUUUGUUGUAGUAGCUCUAGAGGAGGAUGAAUAAUUGGACCUCAUCUAACAAUUUUGUAGACACCGCACUUCCAGCAUGCCAUUGCUCAUGCAUGUUUUAGGCUACUUGUUUGGCAUGUGUUUUAUUGUACUCUGUGUGCAAAUGUGUGUGAGUGUGUGUCUGCUCAAGUGUUUAUGGGGGGGCUAAGUGUGGGAUCCAACCACCCAAACUGUCAUACUUCUGAUAAGUUUGAGAGUCGCAGCUUUAUCAAUUUGCACAAAAUCAGAGCGGGGGGGGAUCCAGUGCAUUUGUAUUGAUCAGCAUUGUUGGGCUUUUGCUUUCAUAUAUGCCAUGCAGGCAGUUGCUGGAGGGGAAACUAAAAAGUGUUAAUGCAUUCAUUAGGAGGUUAAACAUCUUUAAUAGUUGAUUAAGGUUUGUGAUCUCCAUGGUCUUGUGUAUGGAUUUGCCCUGCAUCUGCCCUUCAAUGGGCUGUUUCUCUGGAACAGAGCACACUCCCCUGUUGUGAGGGGAGAUUUAUGGUAAUCUGCACAGAGGCAAGGCAUCCCGGUAAUCCCAAAGCUUAUGAUGUGGCUUAAAUGUGGAUCCCUCUGCUGUGAUAAGGAGUAUAUUUAUAAACCAGGGCAAUUACAAUCGCCAGCCUGGAAACUCUGAAAUGCAGGUAGUUGCUGUUGAAUCUCAAGGGACAUGCUUUCAAAAGAACUUGCAGCAGAUACUGAAGGGACAUCUCUGUUUCACCAGUGGGUUCACAAAUGAGGGUUCACAUUUACACAAGAAAAAUUUGGGUUGUGUCCAUUAAGACAAGUACAUUUGACCAAAAUAAGAAAAAUAUCUAACACCGCUUAAAGCAUUUUGAACUAUAACUUCUGAAAGUUGAGCCCAAUUUGGCUUCAUAAUAAUAACAGACUGUUUAUGCACGAUGAGAAUUAGGCAAAUUAAUUGGACUAAUGUGCUUGUCCAAGCGUUCGAGCACUAGGCAAGAUAUCAUUUAUUGACAAAAGUAUGUCUGCCCCCCCUCCAUUGGUAAAUACGCCCUCUUUCAGUCCGUAACUGUCAGACUUUCUAAUCUAAUCUAAUCCAGUUUAAUCUAAUCAUGUCACACACAAAAACAAUCAACAAACAAGACUUUAUAUUGCUGUAAUGUUUGGUCCAUACUUGAUAGCUUCGUCUUGCAUACGUCCCUUCUUCCUCUGAGGUUUUGUUCGCUACCCUGGUUUCCAGCUAUUAUGCUGGGCUGAAGCCUGGAAUACAAACUGUGCAGCAGAAUGCCCAGGCUGGCCCAGGUGGAAGCAUGCCAAAGAAAAAUUGACCCUCAAGCACUUUAUUCACUGUAGGUAUGCUAACCUUACUGCAAGACAUGUAACCUAAUUUAACUAUUUUUCAAACCCAGUCAAAGUAAUUGAAUUUUCAACAUCAUGUACAUGAACAGAGAGGGUCAAAAUGCAAUACUCAAAUGUUGCUUUCAAGUGUGCAGGAAUAUGUUCAAUGAUAUUUGAACCACACAAAUAUUUGACAUAAAGAGUCAAGUUUUAUUUGAUGCACUGAGCUGAUAGACACCUCUAUAAUUUCUUCUUACUAUGCAAAACAAAUUAGUGUUUAUCAUGUAUUGAUUGGAAUUAUUUAAAAUGAAGCCUUAGAGUAAAAAAAGAGAGUAACUUACUUCACAGCUCUUAAUAUUUGACGCUGUUGGAAUUGAGAUGUUUCCUGUGGAUUAUGGAAACAUGUCGUUUAAGAGCAGUUUAGAAAGGCAGUCAGACUGAAUAGUAUUUGGAGACUAAAUUGAUUUCUACAGCUUCACUGAAUAAAUACAUGACUUCUCCUAACAUACCGACAGAUUUUCAUGCAUGAAAUUAAAGUUUCAGUUUACUUUCUUUAUGUAUAAUCUGUUAAAGCAGUACAUGACUGGGCGCUCAUUUGGAAUAGAUUGAACAAAGGCUACGGUCCAGAGGCAGUAAAGGGGUGAAACCUCUGUUAUAACUAGAGCCAAUUAGGGUUCUAUUCAACCCAAGUCUUUAUUCAAAUUCAGCUAUUCUUCUGCAGUGAGUCCCCCUUCACUUCACAUAGUACAUAUGCUCUCUUGACAAGGAACGGAAGUCUUUAACAAAAUCAGCUCCUGCUAAAUUUAGCGUGUGAGGUUGAACACUACUUGCAUUGUCAUCCAAAAACUACUAAAAAAACCAUAAAAUAAUAAUGCUUUGGUUUUGUAAGCACAGAACAGUCUUUCUGAGCCUAGUCAGGGACAUCUGCCCAGUUCUGAGCUAAUCUCCAGAGAUCAAAAAUGCAGUUGCAGAAUUUUCUUAGAAAACCCAGAUGGAGAGUUUGUUCAGUGUGUGAAACUCCAACAAAGUCUCACUAGAGAUGGAGAACUCUGCUGGGUAAUUGAUCCUGUGCAGCGCUGUUAUCCUCAUUAUUAUUAUUCUAUGAGAUUUUAUGACCCAAGUCCAUUUGGGACGCUGAAAUGAUCCUCUCCUUUGGAUUCAUUCAAUCAUGGUUUACAAAGACAGCAUCUCUGAGCACACAGCUGACCAGUUUUACUGAGGUCGAGUCUGUGGAAUAUUAGCGAGCUGCACUUUUGAACUUUAAGAGCAUCCUUCCAGGUAAUUUUCCAGGAAAAAUAAAGACAUUAGGAAGAUUCAAAAACUGUCAUUUUUGUAUAAUCAAUUUCAGACUGCUAUGCUAUGAAUAUAGCACGCCAUACACAAAAUGACAUUAUGGCGUGCUGGUUUAUUUUGAGACCCAUGAGACACCGACAGACCCAGGCUCAGGCGGUGGUAUGUGCAGUCCUUUGCCUGCUGUGUUAGUCAUACAUCUGGCACCAGUGCUCAGCUUGACUGCAAUUUUCUCCCCAACACAAGCAAUGUUCUGAUUCUCUCUUCCGACACGGCAACAUUUCUGUAGCAAUCAUCGUCAGAGUGUUUUCUCCCUCUGCAUAACCUUAAUCCAAAUCUCAUCAUCUAAAAAACAAUCUGUCCUUUUCAAUAGCAUUGAAGGGUGUCAACAGCGGUUUGUGGAUUAUUAGCAGGGCGGGGGUUUCUACACUUUCCUUAUUUCGGCCCUUUAAUAAUUGACUGGCAGGCGUAAGCCUUGUUUAGCGUGAUGAAAGGGAAAUCUUGUUGGCCGACAUAGCUGGCUGUCUUUUAUUGCAGGCCUGUACAGUGCCAGCAGUCCCUGUGGAAGGCAAUGUGGAAGAACAAAAGCGAACACAACCCAUUUCCCCGUCGGUGGCUCAGAUACAGCAAGGUAUUGUCAAGGCUGAAUCUGAAUUGAGUCGAAGCCCACCAGGAAAGAUUUGAUGGGGGGUUUUUCACACUUUUGUCCCGCAGGCUUUGGGGCUAAGACAUCACAACACUGAAGACUGCAGAAUCCUCGACAGGUGUUAUCAUUUAUUCAAUCUUACCAGACCUCUGUUCGAGUUAACUCUGGAUGCAGCUUUCAGUAGCUCCAUGAUACUAAUGUGCACUGCGCACCUGAAAAUAUCCACAGUGUCUGGAAGAGGUUCAUGUGUGAAAACUAACGUCUGAAUCCAUUCACUCCGACUUUAUCCAGACUUUUUUCCUGCCAGGCCCCUAGUAAAAGUCAGCAUGAGGCUGGAGUGAGACAGUGUGUGAACACAGCCGGUUGUAGUCUGGAACAUUCACCGUGGGUGAGUGGGCGGGAUGGUGUUCACAUUAAGUCCUCUGCUUUGUAGUUUUCGCUACUCACUCAUUUGUCUGUAUUAUGUUUUCUACGACUGUGUUUGCACCACGGGAACCUCAUUAAACAUGUUGUAUUGAUAUAAACUCAGAAAAUGUCACCCCCUCCUCCUGCAUGCUUACCCGUGCUCUGACUGAUCUGAUAUUGGGUGGAAAUGUCAGGGGUUCAUGUGUAAAAGGGGCUUUAGUGCACUGAAUACGAAUGUAAACAGAUGGGAAAUACAGUUCAUGUCUUCUCUAGAGGGUAAUUGGGAAUGGCUGAUGCUGCAUCAGCUGCUACACCAAGAAGAAAAAAAAGCACGAAAGUGGGGACAAAGUAGUCCCCGGUUGACUAUCAGUGCUUGCAAACAGAGGACAUUACAAUCUGCUAAUUAAAAGGGAGCAUGUAGUGUGUUAUUUGAUGUCUGGAAGGGCUGAAAAAAAAAAGUAAUUUUAUCAUCAAAACUGAGAUUUUAAAGAGUGCAACACUCAAAGUGCAAGAGUAUCUAGUAUGAUUAACAAGCUUCCACAUGUGGGAGUGAGGGAAUAAGGGCAAUAUGUGAGGAAACUGAGAUUCUUGUCGUCUGUGAUUUAAAAUCAAUUUGGAGAUUUCAAAAGAGGCUGAGCUAAUCUUCAAAGAGGGACAGUGUUUGAGCACAUUUUGGAUUUGAGAGCUUGAUUAGAAGCAUUCCCAGAUGAAAGUGCAUCAUCACCCGCAGACAAACAUUAGAGAGGGGUUCGCUGAACUCUGCCUCUGACUGACAGGCUGACAAAGGAACGCAAAAAGCACAAAUGAUGUGACUGUAGCCAGCUCUGAAUGGGCAGAAGGAAUAAACUAGAUCUGCUGAGUCACGUCUGUUUCAAUUUGACAGAAAUGCAACCGUACAAAGUUGUCAGUAAUGAUGGAUUUCCCUUUUAGAGGCCUUGAAGCACUAAGAAAAUCCUCCAACAGGGAUUUGACUUUUUUUUUUGCUUCUCAAAAGUCAGUAGAUAAGCUUCACCUUAGAUUUUUCCAAGGCGAUGUGGUGAAAGCCAGUGAGUUGAUAUUACCCUUAAGUCUUAUACCUUCAGGCUGACAGAUCAACUCCAACAUUCUUCCAAUUGCAAGAACUCUCAGACCUCGUGAAUGAUACAAGAGGUCUGACCCCUGAGUCUGAUCUUGGCACGCCUGAAAUAGCUCUGGGAAUAGGCAGAACAUGAGAUAAAUAGAUCAAUCAAUCAAUCAAUCAAUCAAACAGUCUUUAUACAUACAGACCAAACUCACAACAAAUGUUAUCUCAAGACUCAUAUCACAUCAGACCUAACUCAUACGCUGACUCUAUAGCGUAACUUAUUUGUAGCUGUCUUUAUGUCGUUAUAUUAAUGUGGAUUGAAUAACGAAUUCAUACUUGGCAGGUUUUUUUUUCUCCUCAUAUCAAACCUGAUUAAACAGAUCAGAUGGAGACAAAUAUUUUCCAUUAACAAUAAUAGAUCAAAACUCAGGUUCAAUCAUUUUGUUUCCCAUUUGUUGGUAUUAUUAAACUGUUUUGUCAAAUGCAAAAAUCAGCAGCAACAGUAACAAGUGGAAAAAAAAAAUCUGUCCAGUCCUGUUUUCCUGCAAGGUGAAGUGACCAGCCCACUGCUGAGCAGUUGAGAUGUUUUAGAUCAGACUGGCAUGUUUGGAUACAGAUUUUAUGUUAAGCACAUAUAGUGAAGUGCAAGCUGAAGGUUAACAGGUAUCAUAAAGAGUUGUGUGAAUCUCAAAUGUGCCGACAAUUUCAUGACUGAAGUAUCUCUGAAUACUUGUGUAUAAAACUCUAAGCUGUAUUUAGGUAUAAGUGCACACAUUGACUUUGACUGCUGGUAGAGUUUUUAAAAGCUUUGUCCCCUCCUUGAAAUGACUGUUUCAGACCUCUCAGGGGAGGAUGUGAUGGUGACGAUCUUAUAUUGAUAUACUGUUAUUAACCGGUGUAUCAAAUUCAUACGGGGUCUCUGUGUGUAAAGUGCCUAUCAUUAUCAACCAAUCCUCUUUACGUACAGUCACCAGUUUGGGAGUAAACGCCUUGUCUAAACUAACUUGAAACAGCAGGUCAAACCUCCAUUUUCAGUAAAAAAACAACAUCUGUUUUUUACCCCUGAACCACAGCAGUUAGGGCUUUGACAAUAUCAGAAUUUUACUUUACAAUUAUCUUGGCUAGAAAAUAUCCAAUAAUUAUAUUACAACGUUAGAGAAAAAGUUACAAAACCAAAAUUCAUACAAUUAAUCCAUAAACAGGGUACAAAUGUAAUUAGCUAUUCACAAUGAUGUUCAAAUUCAUGAAUUGUCUAUAUCUCUAGCCCUGGGACUAAGAAGAUAUCGACUUAAAAACAUUGCUUGUCAUGCUUUUAUUUUGACACUUGUCUCUGUCUUACAUUUAGGUUGCUUUAUUUCCUGCAUGGUCAAACGAUGCUUUUAUUUUGGCAGCUCAUAGUUUAAGGAAAGGGUGGUCAGAAGUAUAAACGGUGUUUAGUAACCUGGAAGCUGUUGUUGAAUGUCAGUUUUUAAAAAUGCUUAGUCAUGACAUUAUCAUUUUUUUAUUUGUAGGAUGAUAUCAAUACUGAGAGUUUUUUUUUUAAAGAUGAUUAUUGUUAAAGCCCUCAAUCAAAAUGUCACACCUUUGCAAAAACAACAUGUUCUGUUGUUGCUCCCUCAUGUUUUAGCAGAAUAAAACUCCUUUCUGCUCAGUAAAAUCAGUAUGUUAGCUAGAAUUAAUCAUCUCCAUGAAGGUUUAGUCCUACAAUUACUCCUGCUUACAAAUAUUCAUAUUCAACAAACACUUUUCUACUCCUACUACACUUUCUCUUUUUCUCUCCAUCAUGAUAGGUUACUCAUCUAUCAUUUUUUUAUUGUAUUUUAAUAAAAAUGAGUCUAAAACAAUCAAAAGGACAACAAGUACAUGCACUGCCUACUUAUAUCCCAUAUCAAACCAGUUUGUUGUAAUAUUAGUUCAGGAAAAAUUACAGCUCACCCAUUUCCAGUUGAAGCUUUGAUGAAAAAAUAUGUUAUGAGAUAGAAAUGGUAAUCAGGAUCGACUUUCAUUUGUCUGAGUUAACCAUGGUGCUUGCACCGAGGGCAUGCCAUCUGGUUACUCGCUCAUUUGGUCUCCAUGUUGCUCUGUUGGUCUGAACGAAUGUGCAAGUCUUCCAGUCAUUUCCUGAAUCUGACACAAACGUCCCCAAACAGAAGCAGGGAGAGCUGAACACAGAGUGAUCAGGAACUUUACCUUAUAUUGAGUAUUGAUCAGUAGGAAACUCAGUAUCAUAGGUCACAACAGAGAUCUAAAAAAACAGUUUAAUUAUUGUAAAUAAUCAAAGUGAUGAUCCUGUAAGGCAGCAGCUCUGUACAAGCAGUACAUUUUAUAUUGUUAUUGGUCCAUCUUUCUUUUAUAGGCAAACAAAAAGAAUCAAAUUAUCCUAAAACACGUGUUUACCUGAAGUGCUGUGAAGAAAACCAGUGAAUAUUGGCAUUAAACUCUUGAAGUUUUCAGUUCUUCAAUGACAACAACAAAAAAGGACGCUCUCUAAGUGCUUCACGUGGGCCAAGCUCUAUAUUUGGAUGGCACUUUUUAACGAUUUUUCUGAAUACAAGACUGCAGUCCUGCGCUGACAAGAAAGAGUGGCCUUGAAAACUUAUUAGAGAAGUAAAAAAGUACAAAUGAGAUGUGUACAUUUCACUGUUAUUUAUUUUAAAGUGUUUGUGGCUCCAAUGCUGAACCAAAAAGCCCCAAAUACAGUUUAUAAAAUGACAAUAGAGUCUCUCAGUUUAUUCAUACUCACCUUGUGUGAAACCUUGGGCUGUAGAUCACAGCACAGACACUUGAGAAUCGCACAUUAUUUGCAGAAAACAAGUUAUUAAAAAAAAGACAAAGUGAAAUUGAAUAAUUUCUCAGGGUUCACCUGACUAUUUGUCACACUGGUUGAAGAACACUAACCUCCCCGAAUCUCAUUAGUGUUUGAUCGAAGGUUCACAGAGGUUUAGUACCCAUCAUUUGUACAGGGAUCUAUAAAUACCUGUAGAUACACAUUGCUAGAGAUUCACAGUCAAUAUAAUAGACAGAUGUUAUGAAUCUAAAGCAUCUCGUCCUUGAAGGGUGAGUAUAUGGAUAGAAUUACUGUCAUGGAAUUUCAAAAUCACAAAAGCGGCUGAAGAAACCAGUAUUAACUAACUGUGGAUGUCGUUCUCUUGUUGCAGAACAAUCUGAUUUGCCAGUUCACGUCUCUCUCUCUCUCUCUCGCUCUCUCUUUCUUUUGGAAACUCAGCCGGAAUAACUCUGCUCAUGUUUUGAAAAGAGAGAGAGAGAGAGAGAGAGAGAGAGAUGUCACACAUCCAGCCCCAGUGCUCACUUUGCAUGUCCCCUGGCUGAUUUCCCCCCAUCCAGUCCCGUUCCAUUUGAGAGGCGUUGGUCCAAAAAACAUUUAGAAGAACACUUUAAUUUUCCGCUCGCCUCCUCUUUACCUCAUCAGACUUACAGAACCGUUUAAAGCUUAAGUGCAGGCACGCAGAGUGCGAUCUCAUUGAAUAUACAGUAGGUCUCAUACUCCUGUUAAGGCUUUCGCUCCUUAAAUCCUCACCCCCCACACAUUCCCCCUCUCAGGCAAAGAGAGAGCAGCUUUUAAUGUGUGCAUCAUGAGAUCCUCCCUUGGCCUUUAAUUAUUCAAUUCAUCAUUUCUGUGAUCAAGAAAGAUAGAGUUUUAGAAGACUGAAUUAUUAAGAGGUUUUCCCUUUUUUAAACAGUUUAUCGAAAGCUCUCUGUUCUGUUUCAACGCAACGCCUAAACUCCCAGUGUGUCACAGUUAAUCACGAGCAGUCACGCUACUGCUGCUGCUUCUGCUUCUGCAGCCAGCCAAUGAAUGAACAGCUAUUAAUGGAAACAGGGUGUCUAAUGAGGCCAAGACAUAGGUAUCUUGCACUUGGCUUAAGUGUUUUUUCCAGUUGAGAAAACACAGAGAAACAACUUAGUUACCAUCAUUCUAAAAAUGCCGACGUGGGAACAGCUGCCCGGACGACAAUGUCGGCAAACCCUUCAGUGAGAAAUGUGUCCACUUAUCCAGCCCAACAACCUCUUAACUAUCCCACAGGGGCAAUUUCAUGCCCUCUUCCCUCGAUUGCCGGGUCAUCCUCAAAAUGACUCCUUCCCGAGCCGGAUGAUGAUGCACAUCCCGCAAUGGUGUAAACGUUGCUCUUCACCCCAGGCACUUCUCCCCAUCACACAUGCAGAGAUACAGUCAUACCCGACUCAAACCCCGAAGAGCGGUGUAUUAUUAGCAGCAUCUAAAGCUGUCCUCGGCCCUGCAGCUAAGACAAACAGGGAUCUCUUGUUUUACUGGAUUUCACAACAAAAACACAGAGGACGGAUUCUACAGUAUAUUUUGGAAAGCGGGAGUGUAUAGAAGUGUGUUUGUGUCUUCGACUGAAAGGGGAAAAGAAGCUCUGUGGCACCUUAUAUAAAAGAUCCACCCCCUCCAUUGCCCUAAAUUGAAUUUUAUAAUCUUCUAUCUGCCCCCCCUCCCCAUUUCUCUUGCCACAGGCAUUGGCAGUUGCUGUAUACUUCAUCCGCAGAUAACAGUAGCAUCAACCCACCCACCUUCACUUGUUCAGUCAAAAAGCACACAAACAUCUUAUUCUGCCACAGUCCUAAUAACUGCAAUGCCGGCAGGAAUGCACAAUGCUCUAAAAUGUGGAGAUACUGAAGAGUAACUACCCGUACCUUGACAUUACAACACCAAACUGUGAAAGUGUAAUUAAAAUGAACAACACACCUGCCUACACAAAGUCACUGCAGCUUCACACAUAGUCGGGAGAAAAUGUAUUAUAGCAGCGACUAAAUAAUUACAUUGGAUGUCAUUUUAAUAGAGAGAAAAGUCAUAGUCUAAAGUUCACUAGUUUUAUUGUUCUGAAGGAUGUUCCUGUCUCCAGCUGCUGAAAUGUGGAAGAAAACGGUCACUGAACAAGAACAGGUUACAAAGCACACAGCCCUGGGUGGACAAAAAUGUGGAGUGACAUGCUGCAAAGGUUCUUGUCCUGACGUGAACAGAGGACACUGCUGUUACGUGAUGAAAUCCCUUUUUCCAAGAAUUUAAUGCUCGGACCAAACCGAGGUUUUCCGACAUCUCACCACCAGUUUUCUAUAUCAUUUUCAUAGCAGUGUCACCAGGACAACCGUUCAAAUUAAAGAUAUUUAGAGUCACAACAUGUAUGUAUGUUUGUAUGAUGAAUCAAUCAAGGGACUUUCUUAAAAUGCCCAUUUCUAUUCUCGACCCUAUUUCCUUCUCUCUAUCCAGGAUGUCUUUUUAGAAAUGUAAAUCUUAGCUGCCUCGUGAACACAAACAGCCUUAUUUUUCAUCAAUAUGUCUCUGUUGGUCUCAUAGAACAAUUUUUGGGUGAGCUAAUUUAAGAACGCAGCAGGAAAUUUUCUGGUGAAUGAUCUGUGAUCGGGCAGAUGGGGGUGAGCUCAUUUAUUGAACCAAUGGCUAGGGUUCUGUACUGCUUUGCUGCUUUGUGAAAAAUAUCACUACUGUGGUGGUUUAUAGCAGGCGCCCUGGUCUCUACAAUAACAGGGUUAAAUGUACUCAAGCAAAAGGUAAGGCCUGUUUUUCUGCUAAGAUUUUAGGAGAAGUGUAUUGCCAAGAUCUUCUGCCAAAUCGCUCUCUUGGUGGUGAUAGGUGCCCUGCAGAGCUGUUCAGUGGCACGUCUCAGCAGGACGCUUGAUUCAAUGGACACUUGUACAACACCAAAAAGAGAGACAUGUAACAGGAUGGAUAAAACAUAAACAGAUGGUGAAACAGCUGUAUAAUUGCCUCUUCUCUGUGCUACAUCCUGUUUUUAGUAAUUCAUUGAUACUUUAAAUGUGUUUGCAGUGGUCGAAGCACCCCACGCAUUAAUGCUGCUAUCCUUUGUCUAUAUAUCUGUGGUAUCAAGGUAAAUUUUGGAGGCAGGGCUCUUGAAUCUUUUCGGAUUUAAUGUCUAUUUUACUCAUAGGCACAUAUUACAUAGCCUUACACUCCCUUGUUCCAACAACUCCAGCAGUUUAGAUCAUUUAUGUAAGUGUCUCUGAGACAUUAAAAACUGGAUGUUCCAUCAUUUUCUUUAAGCUGAUCCAGACAGGAGUGAUAAUUUUUUGACAUAUCUACCAUCCCGGUCUUCUCCAUAACAGGCUCGGUUCACUGAGCAAUAACCCCCCAAAACUGAUCAAUCCUUCUCUUUUCAUCUUUAGCAAAUCAUAAUAAAUAAAUUACAUCAGUCCUUUCUGAAGACAUUCAUGCUUUUAUUGUUUUCUGGUUUACGUUAUUAUGAAACUCUUUUAACAGCGACCAAUCUGAGCAGCUGCUUCAAGAGGCUGCUGCUCAGAUUUUAACAGGCACCAAUAAAUACCAGCACAUCACUCCUGGCCUCGCCGGCUUACAUUGGCUGCCCAUCUUUUGUAGUAUUGAUUUUAAGGUUUCAUUGAUUGAUGCUAUAGUUUUAAAUGGAACUCCUCACAAUAUUUAAGAGAGCUUUCGACCUCUGUGUGCCUCGGUGUUCUCAUAGAUUAGGGAUGCAGCUUUGGUGGAUAUUCUGUAUCCUGCAAGCAAAGGUGACCUGGUCUUUUGCAGUUAAAGCCCCGAGACUGUGUAACUCUUCCCCAGUUCACAUCUUAAGCCUCUCCAAAUCUUCUCUCAAAACUUUCUGGGAUGGGAAAUCUGUUCUGAAUUCUUAAAUUAUCUGCAACUUUUUCCCUUUUUUGUUUCUGCCUUUUGAUCUCCAGCUUUAUUUAUCCGUUUUUCCUGUACAGUUUUUAUCUGCUUUGCUUUUAUCUUUGAGACGCUUUGUAGCCUGUUAAGAAAAGUGAUAGGAAGUUUGUAAUUACUUUUAUAUGAGUCAUUAUUACUCCACAAUCAGCUCCAUCUGGUGCCCACUGAUUAUGGAUGAAGUGUUUCACAUGUAAUUGAGCGUUACCUAGAGAACAAAUCCAUCAAUCUGGCUGUGAGUCAGAAAACAAUCUGAAGAUGUCACCUAAGGCUCUCGAGUGCACUGAUUCACUGUACUCUCUAUUUUCUGGCAUUAUAGACGGAUCAAUACAGAAAAUAUCCAAUAAGUUCAGAUGUACUUCUGUCCAGAGGCCAUGAGGCGAGUAUUUUGUAGUCGGGUGGGGGGUAGGGUUGGGCUGUCUGAUGAUACCAUCCUCCAAAGCUGAUGUGCUGAUGUCUGACAGUCAUGUUCCACAAAGUGUGGUCCUUUUGUGAUUCAGUUGUCUCUGCAGCAGGGAUCUUACAGCAGUGAGCAGACUGAAUCAGUGCUGCUCUGCCUUGUGUUACUUACAGUGUCAUGCUACAUUACGUUAUUUUAUUGGUUUGUGCGCUCUGUUUGUGAAGUUUACACUGGUCACGCUGCUACGGCUGAGUUGCUUUGUGCACAACUGUGAGGUGCCCUGACCCUAAAACAUCAAGAUGUUUCACUCAGGUCACGAAAAACAAGAAACUAGGGCUGUCCAGUAAAUACUGUCUUAAAUCUUAGUUAAACGCGGAAUUUUUAUAGUUAAUUGUGAUAAUUUAUAUUUUUAACACAGGUCUAUUAUUUUCUUGUCCUUGUCAACAUUGCAAAGCCAUCCUCAGAUCCUAUGUCACUUUAUCCUCGUUGUAGAAGUCCUGCAAACAUUGUGUUUGCUGGUAGUCUGUUGGCAUCUACAGUAGCACCAAUGCUUUUGACUUUCACCUUGACUGGGCCCCAUUUGUAAUGAUCUGAAGUAUUUAUCUGCAUUAUAUCUGAAUUUAAUUGGAACGAUACGAGCGAGCAGGAGCGUCUGUUUGUGGGCGGGGCUUGAGGGGAGAGGAGGAGCUGAGGGGAAAACUGGUUGGGAGGGGUAGAGUUUACAUUCAAGAUUUCUCCCAAAAACUGGAACUUCCUCAGAUCCUGACUACCCCACCUUUAAGGUACUGAGAUGUUUUUUAGAAAGCUCACAUUAUUUUUUACUCAUCAUCAAAAACUAUCUGAGAGGAGUGAUUUGGAGUGAAACGUGCCUGUCUAAAGUACAGCAGUGUAAGUAGUUUCUAGUAUGAUUACAGCAGCUAAACUAUAUUAAACUAAGGCAUGCCCAUGAAUAAUAAUAAUAAUAAUAAUAAUAAUAAUAAUAAUAAUAAUAAUAAUAAUAAUAAACUUGUUACAGUCGUAACUAUGCAUCCCAACAUUAUGAUUCCAGCAUUAACGCUGACAACAAUGGGCGGCAGUAGCUCAGGGGGUAGAGCGGUCGUCUAAUGACCGGAAGGUUGGCGGUUCGAUUCCCCCCUAAUCCAAGUCUGUCCGUUGUGUCCUUGGGCAAGACACUUAACCCACCUUGCUCCCAGUGUGUGUCCUCCACUGGUGUAUGAUUGUGAGUGUUGUGUGGUGGUGGUCGGAGAGGCCGUAGGCGCAGAAUGGCAGACACGUUUCCACCACCACCAAAGUGUGACUGUGUGAGCGAAUGAAUGAUGUAUCCAAUGUAAAGCGCUUUGAGGGUCUCUGAUAAAGCGCUGUAUGAAAUUUGAUGCAUUAUUAUUAUUAUUAACAAAACCAGGAUUUUUGUUGGCGUUUCCCAACCCGAAUAGGGAGAGGAAAUCUAUCAACCAAGUUGGAUCCUAAAUUAAGUCCCAGAUGCUUUUUUACCGCUGUUUGCACAGUAGUGAUGAGACAGAUUAAAGCUUCUCAAAAGUCCCCUACCGUAAACACAGCUUUUAUUAAAAUUUGUAUUAAAAGAUCAAAAUCUUUCCUUUUGAGUCUGUUUCCAAUCACAGUCUCAGUCUGCGCAGUAACACUUCACUUUGAUUUGAGAAGAAACUAAAUGAAGUCGCUCUUGUAAGCCGCCCUGUCAGGCUGUUUGGGUUAAUCAUCAUAUUGUGGUGACACUGAUUAUAAUCAAGAAUGAAAAUUUAAGUAGAUGAUUGCUCAAAUGGAUAACUUAAGGGAGUCCUUGAUUUGUCUUGAAGGGGACAUGAAUGUUUGAACUGUAAUCUGUAAUCCGUUGUAAUCUUACAGACCCUCAGGUUAAACCCUGGAGAGGCUCUGCUGUUCAGGUUGGAAACCACUUGACCAAAUGAUUAGUCAUUCAAAAUAAUCAUAGUCUAUUAUAAACUAAUCAAUAGUUAGAGUCCUUGUGCAACAUUUGAUUCCUACCGGGACUGAGCACACACUCUCAUCCACCCAUCUGUCUUACUUAAGCUUCCCUAGCAGCACAUUUGAUACCUCAUUUGCAGUUUUAUAGCUGACUGUGAGCCAACUGGGUUUAGACAAUGAGGGGAAAUAAAACCUGCAGGAAAGCAGCGAGAAUCAGAAAAGGAAGAAAGGAAGCACCGCGCCGUUCCAGGUGAUACUGAUAUCAUUAUGAGGUAGGUAGAUAAUGUGCAAUCAGACUAAUCGUUACAUGAAUUUACCUCCACGCAGAGGAGGAGAGAACAAGAGCGGUGCUCCAGUUCUUAAAGAUGGACUAGUUUACCCUGAACAUGGAGGACGGAGAUAAAGCUGUCUCUCAUUCUCUGUAUUUCAUGAGCCUCAAAACUGUCGGAGAGUGCACAUCAAAUCUGGACGAACGCCUUCGUUUAAUCAUCAGGACAUACAAAGUCUUUUUGGAAAUAGUUUGAUGUCUAAGGUUUGCAUCAAUUUUUGCACUCUGUUAGUUCAGACUCCAAAUCCAAAAUGUGAUAUAAAUAAGUUAAUGAAAGUGCCUGGAAACAGGUGUGUUGUCUUCCAGUCCAGAGGACGGUCACACAGAAAGACACACUUUUGUUCUCGUGGAUGAAUUUUCUUGCAGAGGGUUCAAGUUGAAGUUGCCGUUAUUAACAGAGUCAUAUGUUUUUGUGAAUGUACUUUAUCUAGCUAGAGGCCUUGAUAUUCUUUUUUAUGUUGUUGCAAAUUUGCCGUAUUUGCAGUAGCUUAUGAUUUCUUUCCUCUUGUCACAUUAAUUUUAAUUUCACCAUGCUCCAGCUCUUUUUCUGCAAAUGUUUGAAUUAUUAAAGUGUGAUUUUCAGAGGGGAGCAGAGACAUUUGUGGAGAUCACAUAUUUUUCAAUGGUGCCCUAUAGGCAUAUUAUUCAUUUGCUGGAAUCAGGCAGCAGCCACAGCCACCCACAGAGUCCACUGCUUUUUGAAGAGCAAUGCUAUGCUGCUUAAAGUUGCUUCUCUACUUGGAGUGACCCCUGUUAGUCUGAGAAGUUUGAGUUUUAUUUUGUUUCUGGAAGGGAAAAAAAAAAAGAAAUUCCUCCUCUACAGCUCUGACCGCCAGCUGAAGAAUAAAGUCUGUCUCUCUUCUGCGAACCAAUAAACAUUUCACUCAGUGCUUUUAAGCUGACGUGAAGACUCUUGAAGGUUUUAUCAAAGGAAGAAAUCAUAAACAGUAAGUAAGCUGAUCCUUGAAACCAUUAGACUCUUGGAAGGAUGCAUCCUACUCUGAUACAUCAUUUGCUUCUUGCGCAGCACUCUAGCAUGUCCACAACAGAGAAGAGUAAGUCUGACUGCAAAUGGAUUCAAUAAGUACAACACAACAACAAUUCAUUCUGUUUUAUUUUUAUACAUCCGAUAUAUUUCACAUAGACCAAGGCCAAUUAAUCCAUUUAUGUUGAGUGAAAACACUUGUUGAUAACACCUGCUUCUGUUCCGUUUGCAUUGUUAUAAAUAUCAUUUCUCUGUUCGAGCUGUAAACAACAAUUUGAAACUGUAACCCUGAAAUGAUCAGCGGCACUCCUUCUCUACGGCGUUUAAUGGACUAACUGUAUAAUUGAGCUGUUAAACAGAAAUAAUAGAAAGCUUGAUUAUGGACCUCAUGUUUAUGAAAGCACUGUGAUCAUUUCAGACUGUGCUGAACGACUCAUCUUUUGUUGCUCUAUAAAGUAAAUCAUGGUGUAAAUACAGGUUUAAUCAAACGUAACAAUUGUUCAGAAUGAAGACUAAUACAAGCGCCGCCUGACUCCGACAGUGAACGCUCAUUGAGUAGAACAUGUUAAAGUCAUGGGGUUUGACUUGAAGCUCGCUUUGCUUUAUGUUAAUCAGGUAUUUUUACAGAUCGACUUUACCUUGAGUAUAAUAUUUCAGUUCUCUUUCUGCCCCUGGAGAUGCCACAGUCUGUUUUAAUUGCAGCUGGGAAUAGAGGAAUCCUGUAGUCAUGUAAAUAGUUCAGCAGCGACGGAUCGGAUGUGCACUCAGACGUCCGUUCAUUAUUUUCUGAUCAAACUCCUUUGUGGUAACUGGGUUUUAGAGGGGACCUGUCUCUAUUUGUUCAAACUAGAUUCUUCGCCUUUGACCUUUACCUUAAUGAGUUCAUGUAGGAAAUCAACACACACACACACACACACACACACACACACACACACACACACACACACACACACACACACACACACACACUGAGUCCCUUCAUAAAACAAUUGCUGUAAAAGGCAAACUUGUGGGUCACGGCUGAGUCUGACGGUAAGUGGAAGAAAACAGAGCAAUGAUUAUCAUUUUUAUUAUUUAUCAUUAUUUUGGCAUCUUUAUUAAUUAAUUAAUUGAUUUAUUUUAAAGAGAUGAUGAAAGGUACAUAUCACAGAGUCAGGGACUGUUUUACGUGGUUUGUAAAAUCCCAUUUGUAAGCCUUAUCCCAGCUUUGAUCAUGCUGACGAAACUGGUUAUUAACUCUUCUGCAUACACGAUAAAGUCUUGAAUCCCCAGGUCUUAUAUCCACAAACACCAGCAAUGCUCAUUUUGUAGAACACUGACUCACUGCAGGCUUGGUACCAUUAAAUGCCAUCACCAUGUUGCAGAGAAGAGAGUGACAGCACAUUAAAAACACGUCUUUAACUCUUGACUGGUGUCAGCCUUUCAGUGCCACCUCAUAGGACAAGGAGGCAAUGAGUGAAGACGCGCAGCUGUGACUCAGUGUCUGAUUCAUAUAAGGAUUGUGCCGCUUAUGCACCUGCUUGAUCCAUGCGACAGCCAAAAAGACCAAGUCACAAAGCACAUGAUAAGAAUGAAAUAAUGGUCCACAGAGCAAGUCGUGUUUUUGUGUGCUCGUGUUAUCUGCAUACAUUUAAAGGAGUUACUAUGCAUUCAUUUGUAGUGAAAUAACCUUUUUUUUUAACACAAAUGAAACUUUAUUAUUAUUAUUAUUUUAAUUAUUAUUUUUUUAACUAAGAUGGUGCUAACAGACCUGUACAGUCUAAGUGAAACUAAUACUGCCGAAAGAAAUCAUCCACAUACUCUUCAGCGGUCAUAACAACAUUUUGUAUCUGGAUGAUCUAGAAAUAUAUCUUUACAUGAAAUCAAAGUUUGGGCACACAAGGAUUAAAAUGUUUGAGAGUAAUGCACACAAGGAAAUGAGACAAUCUCGCAGAGACCGAGAGGUGAAGGGAGUAUAAAUGCACCAAGACAUAAUGCUAAACAGGUGUGACACACUGGGAAGAUGAGCUUCAGCUGGAGAGAAGGAGGUGAGGGUGGGGGCAGGAAGUAAAGCUAGAAGACAAGGGAGAAGAAUUAGACUUUUCAAAAUAAAAGAGGAAACGGGAAUAAAAAUAGAACUUAACUACGGUUAACCAGGAGACUGUUUCUGUGGUGUGCUCCAGAGGGAUAUAAACUUUGACAUCUGUGUUAAAUUAGUGAAUCUACUUUACUUUUAAAUAUUAUGAGCGUUCGUUCUCCAUUUACCUUAUCUCAUAUGUAGAUAGAAUUUUGCACAGUCAGGUUGAGAGUGCACAGUACAGCUCUGUGCAGUGGGGAGAAGAGAUGCUCGCAGCUCAACUCAGUCACAGUAAAAUGUAAAACUGGAGUGUCUUCUUCACACAUGCCACAGUAUCAUUUCUUUUCUGUUGGAGUUCUGCUGGUUCCUCUAUUACAGGAUGAAAACUCGUGUUUAAAAUUGGGAUAUAAUGUUUACAUGCGCAAACACAAAAGGGAGUUCUUAAACACCCAAUCACAAUCAGUGAAGGCUUAUGUAAAACUCUCUCCUUACACCUGUUAUUCAGUGAGCGCUGAGUACAACACUGCCAUUAGUAGUUGCAGUAGGAGUGCUAAUUACUCAAUUGCACCCGCUGUCUGUGUCAACAGCAACUUCCUGCAGCUAUUUGUCAGCACCUCAGCAUGAAGUCCUCUCUCAUCACAAAGUCACAGCUGAUUUGGGGCAUAAAACAGAAUCUGGAAGAAGAAUUUUGAACAAAAAUUAACUGGAGAGCCGUCGCUGGUGUUGCAGCUACCAAUGGUCCCUCAAGACUUAAAACAGGACAGAACAGCGUUUUUGUUUUUGGCCUCAACAUGGCAGGGUUCUGUGUAGAAUAAAGAAUGUUAAUGACUGAAUUGAGAAGCGCAGUAUUGGGCGGAUCAAACUUGAUUAAACAGACCUGUCCUCUUGACUGUGUAGAGCUAGAAAACUAAAAGCCUAGAAUCGUAAAUAAAAAAACGCGUCUUCCUUUUUGCUGGGUUUGGAGCACUCAGCCAAAGUCCUGUUAGAUCUGGAUGCAUUUUAAUAUCCGAACCAUGUCUGCACAAACCCUUAGAGUCAUCCAAUUUUGCAUAAUAUGAGUUUUUAUGAUGUCAUGUUUUAUCCCCUCUGAUCCAACCCUGGAAGCCAGGGCUGGAUCAUGAACAUUUGGUCCUUUUAUUAUAAAAAAAACAUACAAAGUGACACAUCUAUUUUUGGAAAGCUGUGUUACAAAGAAUAUAUCAUCAAGCAGGGAGGCAGUUUGGUGAAAAAUUCAUAUCCGAGCCUGAUUUCUAUCAAACUGAUAGAAAUCUCUCGAGGAGUGGCCUCUCAUUCAAAGGUCAGGACUGUUUCAGAUAAGGCGGGAGGGAGAGAAAUACUUUUCACGCUUUUGACUGUCUACACAACCACAUCUGAAUCAGACACUAUUCACUCUCAGCCUGCUCCCCUGUCAUUUCAGAUAAUUUUCACUAUUGUGAUCAAAUGCAAAUGCCCCGUCACAGUAUGUGGGGAAAUUGUUUUUCCUCUGUGAAAGGAUUACAUGAGUGAGAUGAGUGGAUACCAGUUGUUGUUUGGAAAUGAAAUAGUGCUAUGAAUAGGUCCAAAUUUGACAUUUGGCCCCAUUUCACUAGUCAUUUCAUGUGUCUGGUAUUAGGGAUAAAAUACAGAUGAGAUUUAAUGCACUGUGCCACAUGAAUAUGUGUCUCUGUUGGCCAGAUUAUAAAUGUAAUCAAUACAAAUUUCCAUAGGAUUUAAGCAAAUCAGGGUUGGCUUUCCUCCAGACUCCAGGCUUUAUUCCAACCAAAAAACUAAGGUUAACAUGUGCACUAUGGCUGCUCAGGCACAUGAAUAAAGCAUCUCUCUCCAACUCUCUCUGAUCAUUCAGGAGGUAAUGGUGAAGUUUCUGUGUUAGUGAAACAUGAGAGUAAGCAUUAUUUUUACUCCACACAGCUGAAUGUAGCUGAAUGAUCAUAGUUACACUUUGUGAGGGUAAAGUGAAAAAUCAUGUUGAAGGAAAGUUGAAUUUACUAUUUUUCCUGCCUUGUUGUAAUCUGACUGCUGCUGUUACAUCCAGUUCGGAUUAAAUUGUGUUUUUAGCUCGUUUUUAACACGUCCUAGGUUAUCUUUAGAGCAAUGAUCUGCAGCCUCUAUGUUUCUAACUGUACUACCUGUGCUGUUGUCUCAUAUGUUAAUUAAUCAUUUUUUUGGCAAACAUUUAUCAUCAUUAGGGUCAUCCUGCUCAACUUGGAACAAAGCAUCAUGUGAGUUUUUUCAUGCCCACCCAAGAAAAUUGUUAACUAUUUCUGCAUUUCCAAUCGUUUAUAUAAGUGAUGAAGUGCACUCUCACUCUGCACCUUUUGCACAUAUUUGUGAGUAUUUAUGUUGUGUUUCCCCCCCUGCCAGCGUUAGUUUACCAUUUUUCUGUGCUGCUGACACUUCAGAUCAAAAGAGGUUUUUAAUCAUUAAAAUCACAGGCUUUAGUUGGAGAUUAAUUUUGUAAUACAACCCGAUAUAAAUAUAUGAUACACAUCACACUUGUUAUCAGUGAAGAUUUCACCUCAGCGCCCCACUGCUGGACUGGAACUUCACAUGAAUAUUCACAUGUAAUCAGUCUCUUUGUGCUGCAUUUUCACUCUUUCCAAAGCCAGCUUCACCACAGUCAUCAGAAUGCCUCUACUUCCCUCUCAGGAACAGUUUUGAACGGCCAACAUCAAUUAUUGACAACAAUUGCAUAUACAGUAUAUUAACUACCACACUGUUGCAUUAUGAAUAAACCAUGGGCUGUUCGAAAGGCUAAAUUUGAACUGACUGAUUUCCAUUUUUGCUGUUGAUCAAAUUCCUCCCCUGCAACCAGUGGCCAAAAUACUGUCCAGAACAAAUAAUGGAAUAAUCAAAGAGUGUUCAACAAUCCCAGCAUAUUCAAUCAUAACAAAAUGGACCGUGCUGUAUCCAGACAGGCCCAAGCUGAAUUUCAUUUAAUUAACAAGCGCGGGUUUUGAUUCCAAAUGAUAAUAUUUAUUGGGACAACAUCCAAAAGAGAUGCUAAUAAACCAAAUGAGGGAUAUUUUCCUCCCAUUCUCAGUAUUUUGGUGUUUUACAAAACUGAACAGCCUUCCUGCUGCAGAGGUUUUUUUUUAUGAAAUCACAAGGCUGACUCUUGGUUCCCUUGUGUGUCUUGGGUAAUGAGUUAUUCAUGCUUAUAAAAUGAUGAUUAAUUGAAAUGUCUCUGACCACAGAAAAUGGAGUUCUCAUUAAAAAGUCUGUCCCCAAUAAGUUUUUAUUGAGUUACUUCAUACAGAGUCAUUAUUGUCUGUCUUUGAACUAUCGGUUCAAUUUUCCAUGUAGAAAUAAAAGUCAACAAAGAAUAAUUACCAACAUUUACUUCAGGGCUGUGGCACCUUGGCAACUGUAAUUAAUCACAUUAUAUUGAUGGCUUUCUCUUGACCUACUAUUUCCAUAUAAAACUCAGAGCUCAACUAAUAUUUUAUUAAAAUGUGCAUAAACUAGCAGCUGCAGAAUUACCGUACAGAAGACCUGAGGAAGAGUCCAGCACCAAGGCAAGAAAAAGCAGAACCCCCAUGAAGUUCAGCUGAAGACCGAGCGAUGGAGGACUUAAGGGGAAAAAAUAAGGGUGGGAUUUGGAUCCCAACACAGACACAAUCUUAUUUGACAAAAACAGGCUUGGCUAUUUAAUGAUAUGUGCUGAGAUGAGAUGGAAAUUCGCCACCGAUCAGAGAUUUCUCUAAAGCCUUUCUGGCAUCUGAACUGUCCUUGAAGUCUGUCUGGGUUGAAAUUAUCCAUCAGUGUUGAACUGCUCUACGAUGAAUCAUCCUUCCUGCUAACAAUAAGAAACGAAAACUGUCGGAGGUCAGAGGGAGCAGCUGAAGAAGUUCAUCAGCGUCUAAUAUACAAACACCUUUUGUCAUGAACCGAAAAACAAAACAUCUUCAUACAAAAAGUUCUUUUCUCUGUCUUUUGGUAUAAAAGGAACUGUUCAUGCACAGCCCUACGUCAUGCACACAUUGUUAGAAGAAGUUUUGUCUUCCUUAUUCCACCACAGACUGAGCUUUGGCAGAAACAACCACUGUGACAUUUCUGUUCCCUGCAGACUUCUGAAAGCUUUAGCGACCGUAAUCUGUGUCAUGUGGUCACACGUCAAUGAAAGCUACUCUUUGCACUGCGUAUUAAAUAUAAGUGCUUUUGAAUUAUGCAGUCUCUGAAUGCUUUAUGCUGCAGGGUGACCUUAAAGCACUGUAUUUUAUAAGCAUUGUAGUGAAUAUAUUGAAAAACAAUGAAAGGUUGAAGGUACUGUGAGGAGUGUUCAUGUUGUGUCGAGUGUGCUGACCUUUUUUCAGACAAAUCUAGUCGUAUUUUUCUGGGAUGAAGAGCUCAUACCCUGUGAGUACCAUCACCCACUGUGGUAAAGAUUUGGCUUGGUGUGGACCACCACAAUAAACUCUUGGUAUGUUACCAAAACCUCUACAGAAGAAGGACAGAAGUGAGACUGACUGGGUUAAUAUAUCCCCCAUACAAAAGCUACAGAGCUCAGAAACUGUCUGUUUUUUUACUACUCCACAUAAAACCACAUGUAAUAAUCAAUCAGGAGAUGACCUGAUUUUGAUUGGCUGGAAAGGGACAUAUUGCCACCUAGCAUCUGCUGUAAAUCAGUGUACUGGACCAAUGACUGUUGCUUUACGUCACUGUGCAUGUAAACAUACCGUCUGAACUAAGAUGACUGCGCCGCACUGGGAUCCCAUUAAAUCAUUUAAUUUAAAGAUAUUUAAAGAUGUUGGUGUAUCCCCCCUGACCUAAUGAGACUGUUUGACCAUUUUGUUGAUUCAGAGUGUCUGGAAAGUUGCUGGUUAAUGUUCUUUUGGUUAGGAAGGGAAUUCACAGUUAUACUCUUUCUCUCUGAGUUCAAAGACACCAGAAAACAGUGAGGGAUAUUUUUGUUUUUUUGAGUCAACCACAGCCACCUCGUAGCUUUCUUCUUGACUGGUGGCUCCUCUGUCCAGUAAGAUCAACCACAAGAUUUUCCACCAUAACAGCAGGUCGUGCAACAGCAGUGAAAUAUAAUGGGGAGCUGACAAGGACACCACCUGCUAGCCUGAGAGGAUUUCUGUCAGGGUUGUCUCAUGACUAUAAAGCUGUUUAAAAACGUAACAUCCACAAACUGCGACACAUUUAAUAUUACUGUAAAAACAGACAAGCAAAGCAUUUCAGGCAACAGCUGGAUUGUGCUGAAAUGAGGUUUUUCAGGGGCACCAGUAUGAGAUUAAUAAAGUUUUACAAAGCACCUCUAUAGAAGACCGAGACUUACGUAACCAAAGGUAAAAAAAUAAGUAUAACAGGUCUCCUAUGAAAACUGUUUCCUCAGGGCCACUGUGAAAUAAGCAGGACUGCUUUACUUGAGAACCGUAUUUAGAAGAAUUCCCAUUUGAUCGUUUUUAUUUACAAGAUCAGCCAAAGAAAAAAGGUCCAGUUCGUUAUGUAAGCUUUGUCUAAAGGAUUCUUUGGUUAUUUUUGUGGUAAGUGCGACAUGACAUAUGCUUAUGACCGUGAUAGAAGUAUUAGCAAAGUUUUUUCUUUACAGCGUAACUAAAAAAGGACAUGAAACACUAAACGAAGUUAUUAUAUUUUACAAAAGGGUCUCUCGCCUUUAAAAAAAGUACUUUAAACACAGACAGCCACAAUAAAUCUAAGAAUCCUGUAUUUAAAAACACAAAACACAGCUGACGCCAUAUUUGUUGUGCCACAGAACGCGAAUCGAAUCAUCUAGUUAGGAAUAUACAGUCUAUGGGAACAACACUCAAAAUUAGCAAAAAAAUGACAAAGCAAGAACAUUAUUACUUGGACUGUCAGAAUCUUGUGUAAUCCUAGUAGCGCUGCCUUUGCAAAUUCUGAUGUUCGGGUUGUUCAGCGAGGUGGUGGUCAGCCUUUGUCUGGGGCAUACGAGCCUGAGCAGUGAGCCCCUGUAUGAAUGUUUCCCAUCAUUCCAGAUGGUCUUCAUUAGACCCUUUUACACGGUCUGAAGCAGCAUGGAUGCCUUUCACAUCAAGUUCCUCUUUUUUUACCAUGUAAGACCCUCACUGACAAAGCUUCACUGUUACCUGGAGGUGCUCUCUCCCUCUCCACUCAUUACUCUUCAAGGAAGUGGCACUCAUGCUGUUUUUUUUUUACACCAAAACCAGAGGUUUGAUUUUUAAUCCUUUAUAGGAGUGCUGCUCGUUUGUUACCAUGGUAACACUCCUCCUUUAAACCAAUCUUUUCGUAGUGGUUGGUCAACCAGCCUUACUGGUGUCAUCAUCACAGUUUACAUCUACAACGCCUCAAGAUUUAGAUUUAAGAAAUAUUUUCUGAAGACUUAAAAUUUAAACCAACACAGUUAAUAACACACACACACACACACACACACACACACACACACACACACACACACACACACACACACACACACACAAAUAAUAAACACAGUUAACUUACAUGUUAUCAUCAAUUUCUUACAAUGUUCAUAUUUAUGAAUUAUCGACAUCACUGGCUGUGUAACGGAAACUUGCCUCUGAAAAUAAUAUUUUUCUCAUCUUUUGAGAUGUAUAAACAGAAUUUAUUACAGUGAUGAAAUAGUUCUUGCUUUUUUAUUUUGUAUAUUUGUCUUUUUUGUGUGUGUGUGCCUGUCUGAUUGCAGGUUUGUUUCGCUUUAAGAUCUCUGAAAUAAAUACGUAAAAGUUCAUUUAAAUUUGGAUGACUUACUGAAAGUUGUCUUUGAAUUUCCCUGUGGGAUUAAUAAAGUAUCUAUCUAUCUAUCUAUCUAUCUAUCUAUCUAUCUAUCUAUCUAUCUAUCUAUCUAUCUAUCUAUCUAUCUAUCUAUCUAUCUAUCUAUCCAUCCAUCCAUCCAUCCAUCCAUCCAUCCAUCCAUCCAUCCAUCCAUUUUAUAAAAAUAAAACCUAAAGCAUUAACAUGGUUAUGGUGAUAGGUUGACUGUAAUUACCUCUACCACAAGCGUCAAUACUUACAGUAAUAUGCAGACCAUGUGUCCCCAUUGUGUGCUUUUGACCAUGCAUAAUUUUGUCAAUAUACUAUAGCCUGUCCCAGAUUUGGAAUCAUAAUAACUGGCACACAGAUGCCUCCUCAUGACCCAUAAAAUCCAGAUUCUCAGAAAACCCAGUGAAUCAUAUUUUAGCCAAUAAAAAGAGGUCAACUGUCUGUAAUGUCCGUUAUGAAGGCCACUGAACAUUAAAUGUUUGGGAAGUGAUCUUAUUUUGGGAUUUCAGUUAAAGGAAGCACAAACAGCACAAAAGUGAUGAAGUAGGAAUGGUUUUUCAUAAGUGACGUAAAUAUGUGAAAUGUUAUCAGACGAAAUCCUUUCAGUCUGAAGUGGAGAUUAGAGAUGGGUCCAGAUCAGUAAACCAAUACCUGAUAUCAUGUAAAACUACAACUAAAAAGUAUGAAAUAUAUGUUCUGUUGUGAUAUAAAGAAUAAUGCUGGUUUAUACGAAAAUAUGUAAUUUUGUGAAAUUAUAACAUCACGACUUUAUCUUCUCAUUUCAUGAAAUCAUUUGAAAUUCACCUGAAACAUGUUUUUGGCCGAAAUAAGCAUGUAUAUUGAAUUGUUAUAUAUGUAGUUGUAAUACUGUGUCAAAUAAAACUAAUGGACACUAAUAUCAAGUGGAGUUAUAGGCAUUGGUAUCGGCUGUUGAAAAAUCAGAAGACGCUCUGAAGUGAGUAACUUCUUUAUUUUUCGAACAGAAAUUCAAAUUCUUAUUUACCUGAUUAGGGUUAGAAAAAAUCUGGAAAUCAAUCAAAACUGAGCUCAACUGAAUAAAUAUAAACCAAAACACAAUUCACAGACUCUGCAGGUGAACAAUGUCAAACUGCUUUACAUUUACAAAGCUAGCACCACCGGCCUCUGCUCUCCCUGUACUUAGCACUCAUGUUAUUGACCAGUUGUUCUGGUGCAAAGUAGCAAGAGUGAUUAUAACCAAUCAUCCCAUCAGCAAAACACUAACAGUCAUAUCUCUGCAGCAGACAUCCCUCUUGAGCUGAAGUUCUGCAAACUGCAUGUCUGUCCUGAUCACUUUGCACCAGACCACAAGCACCUUUGAUGAAUAUGUACCUGCUUCAGGCCAGGGGCUGAAUGAUUGCAAUGAGAUGGAAAAGUAUAGACGGACCUAGAGCUGCAAUGUACUGAAAUUAAUUAUGGGAAAUCGCCUUGCCUUGCUGUGGAGAAAUGAACAUAUAUAUAGUCAGAGGGGAAAUCAAGUAAUUUCCAGUAGCUGUGAGUGAUGUUCAUGAAAAAAAUGAAAGUGAUUUGUGUUGGCAAAUUAAAAUGGAAGCAACUCAAAAAGUACUGCCUUGUAUUAAAGUGGUUAAUAACUUAAUCUCAAGUAUAGAUGUGAAGAAUUUUGAGAUAAUAUUUUUCUUUAUCUGAACAUUUAAUGCUUAAAAAAACUUAUCGGUGUGCGAGUCUCUUGUGCUUGAAGGACAUCUGUGGUGGAAGAGCAAAAGAAAAUACUCUUAAAAUCGCUGAAGCUAACACGUCUUUACCUGCACAGAUAAUGAAGAGGUGAGUCAGGGUCAGAAGUUGAGAGUGAGAAAUAAGAGAGAGGGAGCAAGAGGGGUAGAAAAGUGAGCUCUCUUGUGAAUGUGACAAUAGACGAAUGGGUGGGAGACGGGGGGAUGAAAAGGGAGUGAGGGGAUGUACCUUGUUUGGAGGGAUCCUCUUAAUAUCCUGUUGUUUGUGACACCACACUUCUGUCUUUUUGUAGUUUUUGUUGAAUUAGACCUUAUUCAGAAAUGAUCAGUGCUUUAAAAGACGGUGUUAUAUGCAUCAUUGUGACUCUGUUAAGGUAAUUUCUGCCAUAUAUAAUGAGGCUACAUGUUACCUAGCAACACAAGCAACACACGCAUUGAAAGGCACGGAAAAGCGAGAUGAAAGAAAAGUUACACAACCACAAAAGCACACAGCAACUCGGAGUAGCAUUUGAUUUCAGUUGGUGACAGGGGAAAAACAGGAGUAAUGUGCUUGCAGAGCAUACCUUUAUAGGUAUAAUCCAUUAAAUGAUACAUGUAUUUAAACAAGGGUAGGAAAUUAUAACCUGCUUUAUUGAUUUAUGUAUUCCUUGUUCCAAGCGUGAGCAGAAUUUAUUGUGAACCACAUGAUGCAUACAGGGGGAGACUUUAGGGGGAAGGUUGAACCUGCUGAUCCUAAUGUGAUCAUCCAUUACCUGCAUAAAUCACAUAAUCAUCAUAAAUCAUAACACUCAAGCACACAUAAACACUAGUGCUCGUGCGCUCACAUAUACAUAUUGCACAGACAUAGACGUUUCAGCGGGGGCAUGCUUGGUUUGCUCAGCUUGAAGGAAUUCACCGGGUCAGAAUUCUGCAGGAAGACACCUCAGCUCUACCUUUGGACUGCAGUUUGCAUCGCUUGUGUAAUACACACACGUAUUAAAUCACUCUCUGUUUAACUUUGAGUAACGCUCUUUCAGAGCAGCUAAGUCUCAACGGCCCACUUACAUGUGGGUCAAUACACUUGCACUUCUAAUGAAAUAUGUUUUCAAAAAAAGCUAGCGUAACGGAUGAACACAUUUGAUCUCAAUUAAACAGAUUUCCUCUCCUGUAAUCUGUCUUAUUCCCCGAGUCAAAUUGCACAACUUCAAUUCAGCAACUGCACAAAAAAAGAGACCAAAAUUUAACCAUUUUCAGCAUCAGACUACAUCAUUAUACUCAUCAUGCAGAAUUUAUUAAUUUGCUUUUGUGAACAGUCAUGUUUGUAGAAGCCGUCCACUUAUGAAAGCUGAUAUCCCAUGUUUGUUCCCAAUAUAAACAUGUUCCCGUGAUAUCUGCAGGUUCUUCCUCACUAAUGUUGACAUAGAAAAAUAGCCAACAGCAAAAAAGGGUGUUGAAAACAUUUUGGAGGCAAACACAGUCCAGAAACAUGACCAGAAAACUCUCGCUCUCCGGUGAACUCUCUUCAGCCAGCUGCCACUUUAUUUAGAUUUCAGAUGGAUAACUCUUCAUUUCCCUGUCAGAAUAAAUCAAGUUAAAACGUGUCAAACCAGAGUGUCCGUGUUGAGAUGAUAACAGAAUUAUAUUGUGACAGUUUGGGUUCGAAAAACUUGGUUGAGAAGCUGGAAGAGUGUUGAAGAAGUAGGUGAACACUGAGAAUGUGUUACCAUGACUGGGGCUUUUCAAACAGAGACUUUCCAUAGGUGCUUAUUGUGUUUCUGCAGCACCUUUCUAGUCUUUCACACUGCUCGGUUUUCUUUUUUCCAUUCAAGCCACAAUUAUGAGUUCCAAUAAACUGGGAACUGCAUCAGCUUUGUAUCAGCUACAUGUCUGUCAAAAGCAUGAACAAUAAGAAAGAAUGGAAGUAUGAAUUUGUUUUUUAAGUUUUGCCCAAGACAAGUUUAAGUUCUGCAAGUUGAGGAAAAGGUUGUCAUGAAAUACUUCUGCUGCAGGUUGGAUAUGUUGGUUAUUAAAUAACAUGUAGUAACAGGACAUACUGUAUGUGGUCUUAUCUGGUCUUAUGUGGUCCGCCUUCAUGAGUCCCUCUCAGUACUCAGCUGGUGUCUGUGUUUAGCAAAUCUUCCAUCAUAAAUACUCACUGGUAAGACCAGCCCUCUAUCCUGAUGUGGGUGAAAACAUUCAUGAAACAGACUCAUGAUUUAUUAAAGUACAUCAUUUUACUAUCACAUAAAUCCGCCUCCUCUCUCUAAAUUAGCAGAUUGCUGUUUUCUGCUCCUCCUUCUGGAUCGCAUUGAUGGGCUUCACACGCCAACAGAAUGGUGCCAAAAAAGUAGGCCACUACAGAUGAGUUAUUUUAGUCCUUUUCUCAUGUUUUAAUAGCCUAAAUGGGGAUGUGUGUACCUUACCAAAACGCAACAAGUGAAGAUUUUGUUAACCUUACUUACCCAAACCAGGCUGCCAUAGAGAAUAUCUGCCAACAUUCCCAUUUCCCCCGGGACUCCCCCGUAUAUUAGACCUAUCUGCCGUCCACCUCCCACCUUGCAUGGUCCACAUUCAUUCAUGAAUCUGAUCACUAUAUUUGUCCAAAGUUGUUGCAAAAUGAACACGUCAAUGACAGGGAAACAAACGCGAGAUAUAAUAUUUACACUGAUAUUCUUGCACCGUCUCAGAGUGAUGCAUUCAGGGUUGCCUCAGAUAAAAGAGUGCUGUACUGCACGCACACAUGUUCAGAGAGUCUCAUACGGGAGUGCAAAACAAAACAAAGGAGUGCACAGCUUCACUUUUACUUAUUUGUUUGAGCAAUCUAAUUACAAAUACUCUCAUAAUUAGCUCAUAUCCACCAGACAAGGUAACCCCAAAACCACCCGGCGCAUCGCAAAAAUCUCCCGGAUUUUAUAACCCAAAUGUCGGCAGGUAUGCUAUAGGGGCGUGUCUAACUGUGACAGCAACGGUCUGAAACAAAGGUGAUGCUCAACAUGGAAGUGCCUCACUGCAGUUCAAGAGAGGUAACCUCAAAUUUGGCUGCAUUGACUUCCUACAUGCAGUUAUAGAAUCAAAACAACUGACUUAUACCUGAUCAAUUUCACCUGUUGCAGCAUUCUUCUCAACAUAAAUAAAUGAUCGAGACAGCUUUUUCCUGCACAUCCGUCCUUAAAUUCAGGUGAAAUUAAAGAAAUUAUGUCGAGUUUAAGUGAAAUCAUAACCGAGCAGUUUCCCAGCCAUCUGUUAUCUUCAUAUCAUGAUACUUUCUGGCUGCUGUCAUUGUGGAUUUUGCAUUUUCAAUCUUAGUCAUAAAGUAUGGCUGAAGGCAAAAUAUUGCACUUGUGCUGUCAAGAUUUAUAUAUUCAUACAUUCAUGCUCUCUGCACCAAUAUUAAUCUUGGAACAUGUAAUUUAUGUGUUUCCAAACAGAUGUGGGGGCAUUUCAGCUGAACCAAUAUUUAAUAUGUAUAUCAUUCUCUGCAUUAUGAGUUAUUUGGGUUUCCAAAUGUUUGUGUCGAGUUCGAUUUCACAGAAAGACUCUUAGGUUAAUGAAUUUCCCCCUGAUCAGCUUAUUGCAUCAUUAAUGUGUUUUUGUGAAGAGUCAGCCAUGACUGUUUUGACCUUUCUGAAAACACAAUGAGGAGUCUUUAAUGAAUGCUCCUGUGUCAGACCAUUAGCAACAAGUCCAUUAGUUCACCUUUUAUUACCACCCGGCACUGUCUCGUUAUCAAAGAGAGAAUCCCAAUUAGCCCAAAACAACUUGUACAGAUGUUUUCAGACAUCUUUGUUCGCGGUGCCCCUGUGUACCGUCAUGUUUUUCCAGCAGCGAGUGAAACAUCAAACAAAUACGUCGGUUCAUCCUGAUUAAUCUGAGGCUUGAGUGUGUUUGUGUCUCACAGAGCCAGACAAAGUGACAGUUUCUGUGUCGUAAAGAUCAAGAGCUCAUACAGGCACCAUAACCAUAAAGUUGUACCUCAUUUAAUCAUUCCUUCAACAAAAGCAAGUCUGCUUACAUUGGAGUACAUAACAUUUAUAAACCACAGAGAAGCUACAGGGUUCUACAUCCGGCUUCUUUUCUCCAGACCAGAGUCGAAUACAGGAUUAUAAUUAACUCAAUUAUUUAACAUUUCACACAGAGAAAUUGGCACAUUUUAUCGUUUUCCUUUGCUCUGUCUCUCUUCAUCGUCUUAAAGGAAAGAGGGGAAUGUGCGACUUCACAUGAAGGGUGGGGAGCUGAAACAGGGUAAUUGGAGCCCUGAGUGGAGUGAGAGGCUUGUGAUCCCUUUGAGAAUGGCAGGCAUAUGUCUGCAUUACUUCCAGCUGUCCUGACGGUGAGCAAGCUAAUUACAUCAUGUUUGUAUCCUGCUAAUUAGCAUCCUAAUUAAAAACACAUAAAGGAGUUGGAGGGGGUAGAUGAAUGUUCAGACUGUUCUGGACAGGGGAUCUUUUUUCUUGUAUAGAUCUGACCUCAGUCUCUGAAGUUGCCCGUCUAAGAAUGUCGUUUUCAGUUCUGUCCUUUUAAUUAUGAUUACUGGUGUUGCUGUUUCGUCAUAAUAGAAACUCUUCCUGAGAUGAUACCACCUGUACAGACCUGCAGACGUUUAGUCUCCAUUGAUGCCCAUCAGAUUACUCAUCUGUUACGGAGAUAGAACUCUGGAGAAACUGUGAAGAAUAUCAUUCGGAUUGUGGAUACAAAAAUAAACUGUGUUUGCAGACAAGGGUUCAUGGAAGAGUCCUGUUGCCUAAGACUUAAAGAUCACAGCAGUCUCAUGUCCUUGUUUGUCUGUUUUAUUAAUGAAGAAAUUCACUUGGAUUUCUCUGAAUCCAUUAAUGAUGCACUUUGGAUGGUGAAAAUCACGUGUUAUUUGCACGUCUUCCCAUCUUCACCUCUGGGAGACUCGGCUCCUGUGGACGCCCUUUUAUAACCCAGUCAUGCUAGCUUGAUUCAAAAUCACAUCAUUAGUGGGGUGAUUGAUUUCACUACUUAGAGUUACAAAUCAUCACACAGCAUAACACAACCUUUUUUACUGGUUUGAUGACCCUCUUCCAACUUUCUCGAAACAUGUUGCUGCCAUCAGAUUAAAGUUUAUUUCAAAGUAAUAACAUUUUUAAUUUUACCAUUUGAUAUGCUGUCAUUGCACUAUUUUACACAUCCUCCUAACUUUUUAAAACUCAGAGUUGUAGAUUGAAAUCAGUGUAUUUACACCCAGACUCACAGAGGACGGGGAUCAAAGCAGUGUGGGAUGUGAACUGCUCUGAGUGAUGUUUGUGUUAUUGCCAGAGGCUUCCCAUACACCAGCUAAUUCAAGAUUAUACCACUUUGUGCAUUGCAUUUGAUAUAAUGAAGCAGAAAUAAUGACUCGUGGUGAAAUAGGGGGGCACUUAUUCCAGCGCUUUCAUGGCAACCGUAUGACUCUGAGUGAACAAAUUACACAGCCACUCAAACGUUUUUACUGUUUUAUUUAUAUUUUUAUUGUCAGUUAAGAUUUUUGUAGCUGCCGUCAGAGACAGUGAGGUCCAUCUAAUGAGUUGUUUGAUUUUUGUUUAAUAAUUCAAGUUAAAAGUUUAAGUUAAAAUACAAGAAAAAAUAUGGGUUAAAAUCAUGUAUAGUUUAGAUAAACAGAUAAAUAAAUGAAUAUUAUUUUAAUCACAUGGGCAUUUGUGCUAUAACGAGUUUAGCGGACUGAUGUGUGGAGCUAAGGGAGAGUCAGGUUAUUUAUUUUUUCAUUGUGAGAUACCAGGUUUCUUCAUAAACAUGUUCUGUUUUGUAAGAUGUAUUUGCUUUGCUGUAUUUGCUGUUGUUGGAGUUAAACCAAACUCAGACUGUGUUUUUUAAUAUUGUUCUGGUUCUUGUGGCGCCUGAAAACCACAGAGCAGAAAUCAACUGCCUGUAGUCAAAGGAACGCCUUGGUUCGAUUCAAGUGGAGGGGGGGUCACAAUUUUGGUUUGGUUUCGUUUAAGUGAUUUGGACUUUAAACUGAAAAUACAGUUUGUGUUUAAUGAAGGACACAGACACAAAGCUUAAACUUUGGAUGGACGUCUUUCACGUCUGUAGAGUCACUGCUGACUUAAACAGGCUGAGGCAAACUACAGGUCUCAAAAGGCUAAUUUCAGUCACCUCUGUGCUGCCAUCAUGGACAUUUGAACAAAGUGAGCUGAAGAAUAUGUUUAACUAACCUGUCCUUGAGGAAGUUAACCUCCUCUUUACAACAUAAUUUAUGAAUACCAACAGGAGAGUGCUCUGUAAUCCUUCCUCUGAAACUUAAAAGAAAUAUUAAGCAGUAACAGUCAUUUAAGAUGUCCAUGUUCCUCAACUUUCAAGGGCAAGAGCCAAGGGUAAAGCAAUCCCUCUGAAGAGUUUAUGCCUGAUAAUGUGUCAAACAGGAGUAAGGCUAUUAUUUUAUCAUCCACUGUGAGGUUGUGGCGAUAUCAGCCAAGUUAAUUUUCUAAUCAAAGGGAAAACACCGUCAAAAACACUGUCAGCAUUUAAUGUCAUCUUCCUAAAACAACCAGAAGUUUGUGCCACGAGAAGGAAACUGAGAGCAAUCCUCAGGGUUUGGUUGUUGUUGGGAGGAAGGAGAAACCUAAGAGCGUUCGGGUGAAGAUGAGGCAAAGAAAUCAUCAUUUCUGUCUGAAGUGUGUUAAUGAAAUUCAACAUUUCUGGACAGCUGUUGGCUUGUCUCUGGACGUUAGGCCAGCCCUAAAGGCAUGAUAGUUCUGUGUGUCCUGAAUGUUUUGCUCUGAGCUAGAGGAGAUUUCUUGUGGCACUGACAAAGGUUCGCUGAGACCCUGAAGAGUUUGAACCAACAGCUCGACUUGCUGCCAUCUUGCAUUCGUGCAAAGUAGAGACCCUUGACGAUGAUGAUUGCCAAGUCGAGCCUGGGUCUUUGCCAGCUUGUCAUGACUCCCAUUUUGGCUAAAACCAAAAUGGCCUAGUUGUAUAGAUGAAGUCCCAACGCUUUAAUAGUAUAUCAGGUGUAGGUAGUAGCAGCAUUUUCACAAGAGGCCAUGACUGCGUCUAGCAACAGGUGAUAAAACCUUACACACUUGGUAAAGUUGAACGCCUCUCCCAUCACCAGAAGAAAGCAGAAGUUCAGUCCUGACUGCUUAAAGCAGAAGUAAGGAGAACUCUGGGGACAUUGUCUCCUGUGAUUCCAAGUGAUGCUGGAUGAACUGUUUCCAACUCUGGACUGAAAUCCAUCAAAUAUCCACUGGCUGUUUGCGAUGUAGUGUUCAAAGAGGUGUGAGCAGCAGGAAGAACUUCAUCUAAUUCAAUGAUACACCUGAAUGAAGUCAUUCUGAGACACUAUAAUGAGUUUUUGCAAAUACAAGCUCAGAUGUCUGGGCUCGUGAAGAAAACAUUCAAGCAGUGAGAAUAAAAACAUAGUGGGUUAUGACAGCAACAAAACUGCAGGAAACACAGCAAUGAGGGAAAAUGACCAGCUAUGUUUCCUCUUGCUGUGAAAAUUGUCGGCUUUGACAAACAAAUUAAAUAUAUUGUGUCACACAGCAGCUGGCCUUCGCUCCACUCUCACAAACAAUGCCAUUCAACAAGGUGAAUAGAGACCGAUUGGACUUAGAUAUGAGAGGUAAGACAAAUUGAUAACCACACUCUGCAUCAGCUGAGGUUCCACAAAGCAAAGUAAAAAAACAACAAUUUGAGCUUGUGGAUAUUAAGACACAAAUUGUCCUGUAUGCUACAUAUCCUGGUACCAAGCGGCAUCUCCCAAACUUCAAAAGAAAGUAGUUGAGAAGUGCUAAAAACUGCAGUUCCUGAGUGUCCACUUGGGGCUGGCUGCAAAAACCCUGAAAGACAUGUGCACACCCAAUCAAAAAAAGCCUGUCUUUACAGCAAAGCCAAACAGCUCAGUUGCUUUUUGUAGAGUUUUUCCAUGUACCCCAGCUGCCUUUAAAGCCGAGCCAUUAUUUUACCAACACAAGCCUUCGCUCUCUGUCUAAAUGGGUUUGAUGAUUGUUCUGAUAAUCAAGACGAGGGUAAAAAUCCAUACAUUUCCUCAUCUGUCCUUCAUCUGACCCAGUUGCAUCUACCAUUAAAGGGUGUGCCUGUGUAUACCUAAGUGUGUGCUUGUGUGCCUCAGAGUCUGUGUUUGCACGGCUUGCCUCGGUGUUCACAUUGACGUGCAUGUGUUCGCUGCACAGCCUGAGCUUUCUCUGCGAGCUGUUUCUGUUUUUGUGCUCUGUUGAAAUUGUCUAAGGCAUGACAAUUUGUGCAGCUGUCUUCACAUCACUCACAUCCACCUGAGAGGUAGAUAAGGAGUUGAGUGAAGUCUUAUCAGCCUGUUUGAUAACAUUUAUAUAAAAGUUCCGCUCUGGGCAAACGCGUCUGAGCCCUAUGUUACAAAGAUCUUCCUCGCACUGACAACAAUCUCGGCUUGAGCAGCAGAAAGUUGAGCUGGGAUAAAUUCAAGCAGAUUCUGAAAGCUUUGGAAAUUGCUUAGUCUGGCAAAACUCAGAGCAUUUGUGGUAUUAAGUUGAUGUGGAAUUACCUGCAGCUGAGCUGCAAAUAGGCUGUCUUAAAAGGUUAAGUCAUAAAGCACAGGGUUUCAGAGCGCCAAUGCUCAGGGGCAAACUUAGAUAUGUGGGCUGAGUGUGCCUCGGCCUCUAUUUAAGUGGAGAUCAAUUCAAAGCUUGUGCCUUUUAAAUGAAAAUAAAAUGUCAAAAUUUCUUACUAAUUUGUAACAACAUCUCAACAGGCUGGGGUUUGACCCUGUGGGAAAGCGCUGACAUUUAAAGGUCCCACAUUCACUUGCCAUGAUUUCUAAUUUCCUGUUUCGACUGACGCAAACAUGCUUUGUGAGGGGCUCAGACCUUUUGUUUCAGACAUAUUUACACUUCGAAGGGAAGGGAAACCAUACAGGACAUGAAACUUACACUGGUGUUAGGGCUCUAUACUUCUGAAUUACAGUAUUUAAAACAGCAUUUUAGUUUGCUUAGCCUUUUACAACCCUAAUUAUAAAAGAGUUGUGUAAAAUAUUGGAAAAACUGAUUUGAUAGUUCACUAAAGCAGUAAAAAACAACAUGUCAAAUGUUGAAAAAGGUGUUUUAAAGUUGAUGCAGGUUUUUAAAAGAAAGGAGCUACAAAUCACUUAAAAUGUGAUGCAUCUGUAAAAAAAACAUUUCCCCUCAGGCCGAGACUCUCAGUAUGAAAAACAUGAAGUUGUUGAAUGUUCUUUGAGGGACUUUGUGAGCUGAUAGUCCCACAAUUUCAGAGUUAACUAUUAUUAGUGUAAAACUAAAAAUAUUCCAGGGAUCUGGGCACUGGAUGAUUCAGAGGAUCAGAGGAAAUCUCUGAACAAAUGGCAUAAGGCUAAAAACUAACGGACACAUUGGCAGCACAGCAUUGAAAUAGACAUUACUCUGUGGUGGAAAUCACUACAUGAAAUCAAAAAUCACUGACAGUUCAUCCCUGUAUUCACUAGUGCAAAUUAAAGUUGUACCAUGCAAUGAGAAAAGCAAAUAAUCAUGUUCCAAAAGGCCCGUGACUUCUUCUAUUGUGAGUCAGAAUAAUCGUCUCUUUUUGGAAAUCAUGGACUUUACAUUCUCGGCUCACAGAGGAGAGGUAUCACUCGGUUUGUCAUCAGAGCAACGUCCAAAAGCUAGCAUCUAUGAUGUUAAGGAGACAGACAUGUGCAUCUGGCAUCGAUGGCUGACGUAUUUGGUGCUGUUGAUACUGAACUGAACCUUAGAUAUUUCAGCAAUUACCCAAAACCUUGUUCUGCACAUAUGAAAAGCACAACCCAAAGACCUGUCUGCUGUCAUGACUCGUCAUCUUUUGGAUAUUUGGUUCAUCCUGAAAAUCUUCAAGUAUAAAACCACCCCAAACUUUUGAGCAGCUGAAACCUAAAACAGGCAACAAUGAGAAAAUCUUUCACUUUUUAAAUUGGCAGAAACUGGGUUUACAGACCAACUCGACAGUAAAGACCCUGUCUCAACUUUAGUUGCUAUCAUCAGUUUUGAAAUAAAAAUAUCAGACUACUGUAAAUAAAGAAUCAGAAUCUGCUUUAUUGACUAAGUAUAUGUACACAUACAAGGAGUCUGACUCUGCCCUGUAUGUGGAAAGAUUUAACAUUUACCAUGAAAUAUUAAAAAAUAUUGUACAAGGCAUUGAACUUGUAAACAAGACUGUUAUGGCAGAAGAUUCAUGUCAUUAUACAUGUCAAAAAAACAUGUUCAUGUCCAACACUCAGCCGCAGGGUAAAUUGGAAAAAUCAGCAAAUAACCAUGACCAGAUGUGACUACAUGUUAAGGCUUGAGUGAACAUAAUUUAGAUGAUUUGACUUGAAUUGAAUAGCUCAAUAUUCAGCCUUGUGUAAGCUCUCUGUCUUUGGCUUUAGUUUCAUCUCUGUGAGACGUCAGGGAAGACAGUCCACCUCAGCUUCCAGUGCUAUCUAAAUUCCUGGGAUUUCAUCAUCUGCUUAAUUGCCUACCCUAAUUUGCUUUGCUGGCACUGUCACAGCCCCAUUGUACUGUUAUCAAAUCACUGGGCACUGUAAUUAACUUUACAUUGUAACCACCACCUCUGCAAACGGCACAGACCAGCUGUUAAAUGGUUCUAACUUCAUCAUAUUUCCUCUUGUUUUCCAGCAGAAUGAGUACACGUGUCCACGCCCCCUACCUGGUGCCUGGCUGGGAGAUGUGCCUACCAUCCAUUAA